AUGGUGACAACGUUUAGUGAAGUCCCCUAUGAUGUUUCCCAUCAAUCUUUAGAAAUUACUAUUAUUUGUGUGUGUGUGAACACAGCUGCGGUGGAGGCGUGCGUUCUACAUGGGCUUAAGCGGCGAGCAGCGGGAUUCCUGCGUAGCAAUAAGAUAGCAGCGCUCUUCAUGAAGGUGGGGAAGAGCUUCGCCCCGGCAGAGGAGCUGUGCAGGAAGGCUCAGGAGCUGGAGCAGAUCAUCGAGAGCAAGUGAGAGCACGCACACCUUCAUAUCCACACACACACAUACACCACCGGAUCCCUGUACAGACACAGACCAUAGCACUCAAAAUCAAAGAGCUGUUACUGUAUAGUACUGCUAAGAAGUGCUUGUCAUGAUCUGUCACACAUAUUUAUAGUUUACUGAUGCAAUAAAUGUGUAACAUACUGUAAUACAUGAUCACUGGUAGCAAAUUGCCAUGGUUAACCAAAGGAAACUGCUGGGUUCCUCCCUCCCUCUCCCCUGUUUCUACAUGGCAGACGGAACCAAAGCUUUCCCAACCAGGACAGCGUACGGAGACUGCCCAGGCUGCCCAGCCUCAACCCGCAGGUGGUCAGAAACCUGUGGCUCCGCACGGCCCUCAUCGAGAAGGUGCUGGACAAGAUCGUGCUCUACCUCGUGGAGAACAGCAGGUGAGUCGGGGGGGGGGGGGGCGUGGUCACCUGCAAGGAGGAGGAAAAGAAAAUGCAGAAAUUCAUGGCUCACCUCCAUCACAUCUUUAUGUUCCAGUAAAUUCUACGAAAAAAAGGCCAUUCUGAUGGAUCCGGUGGACGGACCCAUUCUGGCCUCUUUGUUAGGUAACAUUGUUAAGCUUUUAUUCACAUACAUCUCAUCUCAGACAUUAUAUCAGUGUAGGUAGGGGAUUCGACUUACACAGGGCACCGAUUGAUGUAAGGGAUUCUCCUCACAUGCAUCUUUUCAUGCCAUUGUUCUGUACUCUGGCAGUGGGGCCCUGUGCCUUGGAGUACACGAAGAUGAAGACGGCUGACCACUUCUGGACAGACCCCUCAGCAGACGAGCUGGUCCAGAGACACCGCAUCCACAGUGGCCACUGCAGACAGGACUCCCCCACCAAGAGGCCUGCCCUUUGUGUAAGUUUCCAUCCAACUAGUCUACCAAACUCCCCCAAAUAGGAUUGACCAUGACCACAUUAUCCCCUGGUAUACAUUGCUCUUGAUUAUUUAAUAUCUUUGUUUUGCUGACACUGGACAAAAUUAGCUUAAAGGUAGCGGGGAUAUCAGUGACCAAUCCUGUCAUUGAAGUCUCCCCCAGCCUCUCUCUUUCAGUAGAAGAAAGACCUGCUGUUGUCAAUGCAUUAAGGAGCACAGUGCAUCCCUUCGGAGAGGACAGAGUGUAUUUUCACAUUGUCAAUGACCCCUGCAGCUAGAAACAUCUCGCCACGUAUCCCACUCCCAUGCUCGUUGACAAUGGAGAGCUACUUAUUGCAGGAUUGUAUCCUUUGUACCCCAGAGGCAAAUGUAAUGGGCUUUGUCAACACAAACAAAGUGGCGAGAUGGUUUCCCAUUUAGUUUUUCUUCAAGCAAGCAAACGCAAGUGUAGCAACCUGACUCAAAUACAGGGCUUAAAGGGUUCUUACAGAGUGGGAUAAGUUCAGUCGUGGCUAAUUCAUUCACAGUGGAUAAUUAUUGUGGUAAACAGUAUCAAACAAACUAAAUGCGCUCAAUGGUGGAUGAACAAUAUGCACAAUACAUACAUUUUGUGCCAUUGAUGUGUAGGGUAUCCAAUCAAAAAUGCAUAUUUUGACCAAUUGGUACAAUUAUAUGUUAAUUCUGUAGAUAAUCCUCUAAGAAUGUGAAUGGUCCAAACCUCAUGUCUCUAUCAUACUCCGUUCAAAAGGUAUCGGAGUUUUUACCCUUGUAGCAUGGUCAAAAUUAGGGUGACUAAGUUGAUGGAGGCCAGAGAAAAAAAGUUGUAAAGAAAUCUGUAAAAUAGCAUCACUCCAGCAAGGCUGGAUGCUGUGCAAGAAUUAAGGCUACCUGACAGGCUUACCAUUGAACUCGUCAUCUUUCUUCUCAAAUCCGGAGGACAUAAAACAGUUGGUCAGUAUGAAAAAUGUAUGCACUCACUAACUGUAAGUCGCUCUGGAUAAGAGCGUCUGCUAAAAUGACUAAAAAUAAAAACUAUAUAUCGAUUUUGAGACAUUAAAUGUAGUAUUUUCAUAUUUUACUAUACACUGUUCAUAUUAAAGGGAUACUUUGGGAGUUUGGCAAUGAGGCCCUUUAUCUACUUGCCUGGAGUCAGAUGAACUCGUGGAUACCAUUUUUUUUAUCUCUGCAUGCAGUUUGAAGGAAGUUGCUAACUAGCGAUAGCGCAGUUGCUAACUAGCGUUAGCGCAAUGCACUAAUGCUAGUUAGCAUUGGCUCGCAAAACUACCUCCGACUUCCUUAAUACUGGACACAGAUAUAUAAAAAUGGUAUCCACAAGUUUAUCUGACUCUGGGGAAGUAGAUGAAGGGCCUCCUUGCCAAAAUCUCAAAGUAUCCAUUUAAUGCGAAGUUCCUGUUCCUUUUCACAAAAACACCCAGAAAACACACCCAGGUUGGCACCGUAGGGGUCCACUUUGGGCUGUAAUAAAGGCCCGCCUUGGGCUACAUGCACUGGGCCCGUGGGUUUUUGCUCAUGGGCAAAUAGUUGGCCCCUAAUUGCUGUCAGCCCUUAUUCAGCCCCAGGUAAGUGUGGGUAGCCCAGUACCAGCCCACAAGAAGCCCUUAUGUUAUUAGGCCUGCCGUCAUUGGGUCCAUUACGGUCCAAAUUAAAGUUUGAUGGCCUAGUGAUGAAUUCCCAAAUAUUACCCACAUUCUACCCAAACAGCUGCAGUAAACCUGUUAAUUCUGCAGGUAUAAAAUAUCUAUGUUAAGUCCCAAAAAUGUAAUAAACAUAAAUUAAAUAACAUGUUCAAAUUCUAUAGAUUUUAUUGUCAAUAUUAAAUAACAGUUAAGUACCUCAGGGUCUGAAUGGAGUCUUAGGUUAAUAUGCAGUAAAUACAAUACAAUUAAAAGGGAAAGAUUUUCUAACAAUUGGAUAAUAUAAUAUAAUAAAAUGAAUAUAAAUAUAACAUAGUUUUUCAGAGAAAUAACAAGCAUAACAUUGAGUAUUUUUUAUUUUUUUAUUUAACAAGGCAAGUCAGUUAAGAACAAAUUCUUAUUUACAAUGACGGCCUACACCGGCCAAACCCGGACGACGCUGGACCAAUUGUGCGCUGCCCUAUGGGACUCCCAAUCACGGCCAGUUGUGAUACAGCCUGGAAUUGAACCAGGGGGUCUGUAGUGACGCCUCAAGCACUGAGAUGCAGUGCCUUAGACCGCUGCGCCACUCGGGAGCCCAUUUAAGUAUAUAAGACUUUGAAUGGAGUCUUUAGCUUAAGUACAAUAAAAUAUUAAUUAAGAAAGUGUGCUUUCAAAGUGAGUUUACAACUUCAACAUGCACAACAUUGACGUUUCAUUAACAUAACAUGAACAUUUCCUGGUUUAAAUAUACAGAGACACACCACAGACAAUUACAAACACAUCAGCUGCUGGACAGAGUAUACAGAACGUAUGAUUCUCAUGUAUACUCUGUCCAGCAGCUGUGAGAGCUGACAGACGGUUUCUCAGGCUGUGUUCACAUCAGAAAAAGCUGAGGUUGACUGUGGGGCUAAAAUGUAAACACAAUCCCCAUUUUUGAGCUUGCGUCCAGCAACCAAACGUUUAGACGUGAACCUCAAGGACUAGGCUGAUACUGGGCUGUUACGUAUCUGUACACAGACAGCCUCCGAGACAAAGUAGUUCCAGUGUUCUCUCUCCAGGUUUCCGCCGCUAGUCUUUCUCCUGUGUGACCUCUACUGUGUAGCAACGUCUCAGAUUUUCUUGUGCUCCCCUUGCUCUCUUUCACCCGUCUUGUCUGAGUGUGUAGUUAGCUCUUCCCAUUAGUCUCUCUCAGUCCGUUAGAGUGCAGGUGAGUUGGAGUGAUGAAGGGCCACCUCACUGACAACUCUGCAGUGAGCGCCACACAGUCACCCACUUGAACUAUACCCUCUGUUAGAGUGAGAUGAGUCUCUUUUAGGGUAUAGCAUAGCCCAACCUGACCUCACAAUCGGGUUCGUAACAUAGUUAAUCUAUGUCCCUCAAUUUCGUAUCAUAUUUGUGUAAUAUUUUACAACACAUGGUCAACAGAUGGUGCUAAACUUGGUUUCAGAAAAACAUUCCUGCACUUAAAUAUGAACGUGCAUACGAUAUAUACAAUACUAUAUACACUACCGUUCAAAAGUUUGGGGACACUUAGAAAUGUCCUUGUUUUCAAAAGAAAAGCAAAUUUUUUUGUCCAUUUUUAAAAUAACAUAAAAUUGAUCAGAAAUACAGUGUAGAUGUUGUAAAUGGCUAUUGUAGCUGGAAACGUCUGAUUUCUAAUGGAAUAUCUACAUAGGCGUACAGAGGCCCAUUUAUCAGCAACCAUCAGUCCUGUGUUCCAAUGGCAUGUUGUUUGCUAAUCCAAGUUUAUCAUUUUAAAAGGCUAAUUGAUCAUUAGAAAACCCUUUUGCAAUUAUGUUAGCACAGCUGAAAACUGUUGUGCUGAUUAAAGAAGCAAUAAAACUGGCCUUCUUGAGACUAGUUGAGUAUCUGGAGCAUCAGCAAUUGUGGGUUCGAUUACAGGCUCAAAAUGGCCAGAAACAAAGAACUUUCUUCUGAAACUCUUCAGUCUAUUCAUGUUUUGAGAAAUGAAGGUAAUUCCAUGCGAGAAAUUGCCAAGAAACUGAAGAUCUCGUACAACGCUGUGUACUACUCCCUUCACAGAACAGCGCAAAUUGGCUCUAAUCAGAAUAGAAAGAGGAGUGGGAGGCCCCAGUGCACAACUGAGCAAGAGGACAAAUACAUUAGUGUCUAGUUUGAGAAACAGACGCCUCACAGGUCCUCAACUGGCAGCUUCAUUAAAUAGUACCCGCAAAACACCAGUCUCAAUGUCAACAGUUAAGAGGGGACUCCGGGAUGCUGACCUUCUAGGCAGAGUUGCAAAGAAAAAGGGUCAGGGGUCAGAUAUAGGAUCGCCAUAUAUCACGAGAAAGCUACGGGUGUCUAGUAGGAAGAUGUGGUUUCUGCUACGAUAAACUCACCCCCCACAUUUAAGCAGCAUGUGUCAUGCUUACUAUAGCCGACAAGGUUCCCAUGGCAACACAUUGAUAUUCUACAUAAUUACCAUUUCAGGCCAUAGUCGGAGAAGGAGUUGAAACCGUUGCAGUUUCAAACAUUUAAAUCACAGAUGUCUAGGUGUUCGAAAGAAUGUGAAAAUGUUUGAGAUUCCCCCGGAUGUACCUGCAACAACCUUCCUUAGCCCCAGGUUGUGAAAGGGUAUUUUGUCAUUCGUGCCUUUCCAGUUGAGCUGUCUUGCCAGGGCAUGACUUAACAGUGCUGCCAUUGUCCUUCUUGUUGUCACUUGGACAUCACAAGCUCCAAUGGUCGCCAGAUAUGUAAUCUAAAAUUAAGGGAAAUAAAUAAAAACUAAAAUGUGUAAUGGAAAGAGACACUAUUAGUAAGAAAGUAAUUACUGUAUUGAGUAGGUUUACUAAGUCUUUUCGACUUUGGUGGUCCUCAAUUUUUUGUUCCAGGCGAUCAAGUUCAUCAUAGUUUUGUAAGGGUAGGCUGAUGUCGUCAGAUAAAGUGGCCUCUGCUAUACUUGAUCGAGAGAGAUCUGACACCAUUCUCUCAAGUUUUGUCAGUCUGUCCUUCAUUUCUUCAAGCGCAUUGACCAAGUACCUAUCGAUACCUGACAAGAAAGCAUCUAAUCACAAACUUUGGCCACAUGUACUCAGCGACGCUGAUAGCCCAAUUGCGUUAUUUUUAUAUAAUUUCGGCUUAGCAAAGAAUUUUGCAAGACUUACCUGCAGACAAAGAGUGGCUAGCAGGCAAAGGGUGGCUCGGAGGCAGCGGGUCUCUCGGCGCUAGAAGAUGGCUUGGAGUCAGAGAGCGUCUCGCAGAUUGGGGGCGACUCAAAGGAAGUGAGUGGCUCACAGGGUUCGUAGGGUUGCUGGUAGAUGGAGAGUUACUGGGAGGUGAAGGUAUUGGCAAACGUAUUGGUGGUGGUGGGACUGGAAGCACAGACACAACUGGACACAGGUCACUUGCACUUGGAAAAGUCUGUUGCGUUCAAGUUCUUCUGGGUCGCUUAGUAAAACCAUUUUGGUCUCCGCUUCUCUAGCUUUGAAUCUUGCCUUUUCAUAAUCAACUGUAAAAGACAAAUUAAUUUAAUUUGGCAGCUGUUCGCACUUUGUGGGACGUACUGUACAAAAAAUCUAUUCACCCCUUAAUAUGACAUUAUGCUGUUCAAGACGUUAUUCUUUCAGCACACCAUAUGGGUCAAGAAUCUAGUGCUAUUUACAUGUUCCUAUUGUAUUUUUGUGGGUGACCUUACAUGCAGAAAGAAUUCAGAUAAAAUGCCUACCUGCUGGGCCUGAAGUUGUCAUCUCAUAUGAAAUCCAUGUUUCACCAGGUACUUCAUGAGUCAUUAAAGCUCUCUUGCGUUUGUUCGGAUCGGUAUAAGGUGGCCAUAACAUUAUGGAUGAGUGCUCCUGUAUCUAUGUAUGACUAACAAUCCCAACUGAAUGAUCCAGAAACGCCACAAUGUGAUACUGUGCCAUUAGUAAACAAUGUAGAUCUCUGUAGGACAAUAGAAAAAUUAGAGUGCAGCAAGGGUGUGGCUGCCCAAUCUGUGCCCAUUGGGAUCAAAACAUAUUUUCUGGUAAUGUCCAAUAGGUGGUGAGCUUCGUCUCUUAGUUGAAGAUGGCGUGCUUUAUAAAUGCCAAUGUCUUUUGAAUCCAGGGGACUGGAGAAGAGUGACUCUAAUGUCAAGAACUUCCUGAAAAUAAUGUACUCCUCCCCUGUGUGAUUAUCUCGUAGGAUGUUCUGUACCAGUCCCAGGUCUCCGUUAACCAUAACACAGUUGUCCCCAGUAGUGGCAAUGCUGAACUGUUCAAAUAUAACUUUCAGAAACUGGGUGGAGUGAGGGAAUGGUUGGGCCUCUAGAGUGUUCUUUUCAGAGAAUGUUUCUUGUCCUUGGUUCUCUUUUGUCUUUUUGGAUGGAAACGUCCUCAAGUAAUUUGGUGAUUAAUUUGUUUGAGAACAAAUUGUGGUGUCCGGCAGACUUUCUUCAACUUUCUCAGAUAGUUUUCAAAAGGAAAAGCUGACACACUAUCUAAGGACCCAAACCUCCUCACAUCCUCUGACAAAUGAGUCAGAUUAUGGACAUUGUAGACCAACUCUUCAAUACCAUACAAAUUCUCAAACUCACUGAGGAAGUGUUUCAUGAGGUCAUCUGCAUAGUCACAGUAGUAACAGCACAAGGCAGGGCAGAGCAUCAAGUACAUGGCAAUGGAAAGACUCAAGAAGUUGCUGUAGUGGGAGGAGGAAAGGAUGUCUUGCAACACGACAGGGCCUGUGUAUAAUAGGAAUUGGCAGAAUUCGGUUGCUUCCAUCUGUCUAUUUCUUCCAAUCCUCUUGGUUUUCUCUGAAACUCCAUUGGAAUGUGCUGUGUGAUUGACACCAACCCCUUGAGGUGGCUCUCACUGCCCAAGAUUCCAAUCUACAAGAAAAAUCCAAUUUCAUCCAAAAAUACAUCAACUUCCGAGUUACUCCAAGACAAACAAGGUGCAUGUAGUCAAGAAUGAACGUUGUGACCAUGCCUAUGUUCAUCGGGGUAACAUUAGAUUGUCCUUUUAUGGUGAUUUUCAUCUUCCUGUCUCAAACUGAUCUUCUGUGCGGAUUGUAGCUGUUUUAUCUGGGAACGUCAUAUGAUUCUUGACAUAGACCCCUUCCUGAGUACAGCGCUCACACCCACUGUACCCAUUAUGGCCCUUAAUGUUCUUAAUGAACGAUCUUGCUGGAGCAUCACAAAUGAAACAAUAUGUAAAGUGAAUGAUUUCCCUGCCACCUCAAAACCCUCCUGUAGUCUCCCUACCUCCUCCAUAAAGUCAGACAAAUAUACCCCCAAAUCAUGUGGUUUACUCUUGCCAGAAAAAACACUCCUUCUCAAAAUAGACUUUGCCUAAAAUUGGUCACAACUGCAAAGAAGAGCUGUAUAAGGAAAAACCAUCAACAUUCACUUGGAGGCCAAUGGUGGUGUUGGCAAUGUUGACGAGGCGGCUGGAUAUUGUCUUGAGAUAAGACACAAUGCCAAGGUGUAAAUACUCGCCACCCUUAAUGGUUUGAACGUUGGAUUCUAUUUUUGCCGUUUGUAGGACAGUACGAGCAUGCUUUGGUAGAUUUGGAUGGAAUUCCUUCAGCACACCAAGAAGAUCUGAGAGGGUGUUCUGUGGUAUAUCAUUUCUCAAUGCCCACUCACAUAACACCUUGCAUAACUUUGCAGAAUUAUUAUCUUCCUCUUCUUCCUCAUCAAAGCUGUUACUUGUCUCAUCACUAUCGUCACCAACAAGAUUUUCAUCCAAAGAACUUAAGCAAUCCAGAUACACAUGAUUAGGCUCCUCGUGAAGAUUCAAUUCCGGAUGAACAUCUUCUAACACAUUAAUCAUUAAUAUCCUCUAGUGAAGAUGAUGAAUUGGCAAACGAUUGGAGUAUUCUUAAUGUGCGCUUCACUGAGUGCGGGUCCAAUCCCAACCGCUCAGUGGUGGCCCAGAAUUUUCUUGACCGCGAGGGGCCACUGAUGGCUGAUUUCGGGCCAUCUUAAGCCCGCACAGCCCAAUCUCAGCCACAAAGGGCCCCGCUCAGUCAUGUUUGCUGGGCAAGCGUAUCUCUGUGAAAUGUCAACGGAUCACUGAGCGUACCGCAAGCUUUUUAUUUCCAAAGCCUUUUACACUUAAUUCAGCUUGUGUCAUGCUAAUUUUGCUACUUGUCACCCGCGGAAACAACUUGGAAGACAACGACAACAAAAUGUAAAAUCCUAAAAAGUUUAGCUGCACCCCUCUGUCAACAGAGAUCGGUGCUUAUUAGCGGAUGUAUUAGCUUACGAAUAUAUAAGGAAGUGAAAUGUCAUCACCAAAGCGGGCAGAGUGGGUGGACAGCCUAUGAUGUGUGAAACUAAUUGGCCAAUAUAUGGAAGCUGGAUGGACGGAUGGAUAAAUUGGAAUGGGGGUAAAAACAUACAAAUUGUCUGUGUUUCCAGAUCCAGAAGAGACAUUCCAGUAGCAGCAUUGAUGAGCGGCCUUCCCCCUCGCCCUCAGCCCGGGACUAUGUGGAGUCACUGCACCAGAACAACAGAGCCACCCUGCUGUUUGGAAAGAACAACGUGCUGGUGCAGCCGGUAAACAUUUCAUCCUUCUACCAUCUCUAGGAGUGUUCUAUGUACUGUAUAAAUAAGAAAUGAGCAUCUCUAGAUAUGCUCAGAGCCAUAUACAGUAUGUAGAGAGAUUGGCCAUUUUGUGGUUGCUGUGCAAGAUGAUCUGUCAGUGUCCGGACUCCCCCAUAUUUAUGAUAGCUUUUGGAAACUCUCAAAAUAUUCAGUGAAAGCGAAUAUACCAGUUGUUAACACCACAAAAUAGUAGACCCAUUUGGAGAGACAUUUCUAAUGCCAAUCUGAAAAAAAAAGUGUCAAACAUUUCUUCAUAGUGCACUAUAGAAAACAGAUCGUCAAACUAAUAUCCUUCUUGGUGUUACAGAGGGAUGACAUGGAGGCUAUCCCAGGAUACCUCUCUCUCCACCAGACCGCCGACAUCAUGACGCUGAAGUGGACGCCCAAUCAGCUGAUGAACGGCUCUGUGGGAGACCUGGACUAUGAGCACAGGUGUGGAGAGCAAUUCACUAACAAUCAUGUCUCUUAUUUAUGUACAUCAAGCUGGCACAACAGAGCAAUGACAUGCACCACCUGUGUGUUGUAGUUAUUGUCUACAGUGGAUCAGUGUCACUAAAUCAUGCAGCGUGUCUGUCUGAGUGAGAUUCAGGAGGGCUCUGUGUCCUGGGGUCAACUCUGGAGAUGGGGAUAUGAUGAGGGUUGCUUUCAGGGGCAGCAGGGGUACGGUUUUGAUGGGGAAAUGGUCAUGCAUAUUUCAAAGCAACCAGUCAUAUUAUUUUAGUGACUCUGGUUCUUAGGCCGUAAUGUUGUUUGUGGCUGUAUUAACCUUUUCACACGUGAGUUCCAAAUAUCGUGAGUCUUUUAUUUUAUGCGCGUGAUGUCAGAAUGCACUCACUGUUCCAAAAUGUGAUUGUUACACAACAGAACAGUUAACCCUUACUGCCCUCAAACCAAAGCACGCUGCCUGCUAAUUAUCUAUAGGCUGUGUUUCAACCUGUCAAUUAUUUUUUAACAAGUUUUUUUUAUAACACCCGUUUGAAUUUAGGUGUGUUCCGCCUCAUCAUUAAUUCACAUAGAAGUAGCCCAUUUCACUGUGGUGGACAUUUUACAUUUGAGGCAUUACUGAGCCGGACAAACUUCCCUCUUUGAAGAGAGCCCAAACAAACUUUUUCCUCCCUGGCACAUUUUCCGUCUGACGCCUGCAUUGCCUUCACUACUAAUAAUAACUUUGGACAUGUGUGCGUUCCUAUCAAAUUAAGUGCCUUAUUACUGUAUCAUUAUAGUUUCUGUAUAUCGUGUUGUCGUUUCUACUGUAGCACACCUUAUGGAGCAUUAUGUAUUUACUGUUUUAUUCCCGUUUUCAAGUACUGGUGACAAAUCAUGCAUUCCGAUUCUUGCAUAGAUUGUAAUGGACAGAUAUGAUGUGUGUAAAAUACUUUUUUGAAGGUUGGACUGAUUAUGAUGAGCUAAUGCUAAGCUAAUUACAGCUAUGUUUGCCGCCAUGUUUGUUGACAUCAUGCAAUGCAGUCUGGUUGUCACGUAGACGUCUGUCAGACCAAAGAUGUUAUAACAAAACGAGGUGAAGGAAUGGUUCACUCGUCUUUCAAAUAAACUUCCGCAAGUGAAUGACGGAAUUGAAUGAUGGUAGACGACACCCCCCCCCUUCAACAUGCAUACUGCAAACAGACCCAACUCUUCUUGUAACCUCUUAUCUUUGGUUAACGCGAAAAAACAAACAUGGCGGCGUGCACAAACUACCCAUCGUUGGAUAACUUAAAACAUUUUGAAAGUGUUUUACUCAAUUAUUUCAAUCACUGGUGAGGUAACCCGUGAUGUGUGAAUUGUAAAUAGUAAUUGCUAUUAGCUAAUUCAUAUUAUGGUUCUGUCAGCCGAGUGUUAGCUAAAUAGGACCGCUUGUGUUAGGUCAUUCCUUCCUCAGUUAGCGCUACGACUAAUGUAGCCAAAAUGUUCCAGUUUGGAUGAGAAUUGUGUUAUACUGUCGCUACUUCUGUGAAUGUCUGAACAUUGCAUCCAAAAAUAAACUGCUCACAUUGAGGACAUAACGUUGUAAAGACUGUUUGUGCAAAAUGUUUCUGUGCAAAAACAGUGUGGCCAGCUCAAACGCUGACUGUUGCGUCAAUCGUCACUGGACGUUCUAAAUAAGCGUUCUAAUCACACCGGUUUGAGCGUACGCUGCAGGGACCACUGUAGAAUGAUCACAUCUGUGUGUUCGUACGUGUUAAAGGGCAUGUAAAACACAUCUGGUUCUUAGCCACUCAUUCUCAAUGUACAAUAAAAUGCCCCUCCAAAUCAAAUCAAAUAUUUGUCACAUGCGCCAAAUACAACUGGUGUAGACCUUACAGUGAAAUGCUUACUUACAAGCCCUUAACCAACAAUGCAGUUUUAAGAAAGAAUACCAAAAAAAAUUACACAAAUAAAUACAAUAAACAAUUAUACGAAAUGAAAUUAACAAAUAAUUAAAGAGCAGCAGUAAAAAUAACAACCGCGAGGCUACAUACAGGGGGUACUGGUAACGAGUCAAUGUGCCAAUGUGCAGGGGCACCGGUUAGUCGAGGUAAUUUGGGUAAUAUGUACAGUGAGGGGGGAAAAGUAUUUGAUCCCCUGCUGAUUUUGUACGUUUGCCCACUGACAAAGAAAUGAUCAGUCUAUCAUUUUAAUGGUAGGUUUAUUUGAACAGUGUGAGACAGAAUAACAACAAAAAAAUCCAGAAAAACGUAUGCCAAAAAUGUUAUGAAUUGAUUUGCAUUUUAAUGAGGGAAAUAAGUAUUUGACCCCUCUGCAAAACAUGACUUAGUACUUGGUGGCAAAACCCUUGUUGGCAAUCAGAGGUCAGAAGUUUCUUGUAGUUGGCCACCAGGUUUGCACACAUCUCAGGAGGGAUUUUGUCCCACUCCUCUUUGCAAAUCUUCUCCAAGUCAUUAAGGUUUCGAGGCUGACGUUUGGCAACUCGAACCUUCAGCUCCCUCCACAGAUUUUCUAUGGGAUUAAGGUCUGGAGACUGGAUAGGCCACUCCAGGACCUUAAUGUGCUUCUUCUUGAGCCACUCCUUUGUUGCCUUGGCCGUGUGUUUUGGGUCAUUGUCAUGCUGGAAUACCCAUCCACGACCCAUUUUCAAUGCCCUGGCUGAGGGAAGGAGGUUCUCACCCAAGAUUUGACGGUACAUGGCCCCGUCCAUCGUCACUUUGAUGCAGUGAAGUUGUCCUGUUCCUUAGCAGAAAAACACCCCCAAAGGAUAGUGUUUCCACCUCCAUAUUUGACGGUGGGGAUGGUGUUCUUGGGGUCAUAGGCAGCAUUCCUCCUCCUAACACAGCGAGUUGAGUUGAUGCCAAAGAGCUCCAUUUUGGUCUCAUCUGACCACAACACUUACCCAGUUCUCCUCUGAAUCUUUCAGAUGUUCAUUGGCAAACUUCAGACGACCCUGUAUAUGUGCUUUCUUGAGCAGGGGGACCUUGCGGGCGCUGCAGGAUUUCAGUCCUUCACGGCGUAGUGUGUUACCAAUUGUUUUCUUGGUGACUAUGGUCCCAGCUGCCUUGAGAUCAUUGACAAGAUCCUCCCGUGUAGUUCUGGGCUGAUUCCUCACCGUUCUCAUGAUCAUUGCAACUCCACGAGGUGAGAUCUUGCAUGGAGCCCCAGGCCGAGGGAGAUUGACAGUUCUUUUGUGUUUCUUCCAUUUGCGAAUAAUCGCACCAACUGUUGUCAUCUUCUCACCAAGCUGCUUGGCGAUGGUCUUGUAGCCCAUUCCAGCCUUGUGUAGGUCUACAAUCUUGUCCCUGACAUCCUUGGAGAGCUCUUUGGUCUUGGCCAUGGUGGAGAGUUUGGAAUCUGAUUGAUUGAUUGCUUCUGUGGACAGGUGUCUUUUAUACAGGUAACAAGCAGAGAUUAGGAGCACUCCCUUUAAGAGUGUGCUCCUAAUCUCAGCUCGUUACCUGUAUAAAAGACACCUGGGAGCCAGAAAUCUUUCUGAUUGAGAGGGCGUCAAAUACUUAUUUCCCUCAAUAAAAUGCCUCUCACUGUUCAAAUAAACCUACCAUUAAAAUUAUAGACUGAUCAUUUCUUUGUCAGUGGGCAAACGUACAAAAUCAGCAGGGGAUCAAAUACUAUUUUCCGUCACUGUACUUGUAGGUAGAGUUAUUAAAGUGACUAUGCAUAGAUAAUAAACAGAGAGUAGCAGCAGCGUAAAAGAGGGGGGGCAAUGCAAAUAGUCUGGGUAACCAUUUGAUUAGAUGUUCAGGAGUCUUAUGGCUUGGGGGUAGAAGCUGUUUAGAAGCCUUUAGGAUCUAGACUUGGCGCUCCGGUACCGCUUGCCGUGCGGUAGCAGAGAACAGUCUAUGACUAGGAUGGCUGGAGUCUUAGACAAUUUUUAGGGCCUUCCUCUGACACCAUCUGGUAUAGAGGUUCUGGAUGGCAGGAAGCUUGGCCCCAGUGAUGUACUGGGCCGUAUGCACUACCCUCUGUAGUGCCUUGCAGUCGGAGGCCAAGCAGUUGCCAUACCAGGCAGUGAUGCAACCAGUCAGGAUGCUCUCGAUGGUGCAGAUGUAGAACUUUUUGAGGAUCUGAGGACCCAUGCCAAAUCUUUUCAGUCUCCUGAGGGGGAAUAGGUUUUGUCGUGCCCUCUUCACGACUGUCUUGGUGUGCUUGGACAAUGUUAGUUUGUUGGUGAUGUGGACACCAAGGAACUUGAAGCUCUCAACAUGCUCUACUACAGCCCCGUCGAUGAGAAUGGGGGCGUGCUCGUUCCUCUUUUUUUUCCUGUAGUCCACAAUCAUCUCCUUUGUCUUGAUCACGUUGAGGGAGAGGUUGUUGUCCCGGCACCACAUGGCCAGGUCUCUGACCUCCUCCCUAUAGGCUGCCUCGUCGUUGUCGGUGAUCAGGCCUACCACUGUUGUGUCAUCGGCAAACUUAAUGAUGGUGUUGGAGUCGUGCCUGGCCAUGUAGUCAUGAGUGAAUAGGGAGUACAGGAGGGGACUGAGCACGCACCCCUGAGGGGCCCCCGUGUUGAGGAUCAGCGUGGCAGAUGUGUUGUUACCUACCCUUACCACCUGGGGGCGGCCCGUCAGGAAGUCCAGGAUCCAGUUGCAGAGGGAGGUGUUUAGUCCCAGGGUCCUUAGCUUAGUGAUGAGCUUUGAGGGCACUUUGGUGUUGAACGCUGAGCUGUAGUCAAUGAAUAGCAUUCUCACAUAGGUGUUCCUUUUGUCCAGGUGUGAAAGGGCAGUGUGGAGUGCAAUAGAGAUUGCGUCAUCGGUGGAUCUGUUGGGGCGGUAUGCAAAUUGGAGUUGGUCUAUGGUUUUGGGAUAAUGGUGUUGAUGUGAGCCAUGACCAGCCUUUCAAAGCACUUCAUGGCUACAGACGUGAGUGCUAUGGGUCGGUAGUCACUUAGGCAGGUUACCUUAGUGUUCUUGGGCACAGGGACUAUGGUGGUCUGCUUGAAACAUGUUGGUAUUACAGACUCAGACAGGGAGAGGUUGAAAAUGUCAGUGCUCGGAGUACACGUCCUGGUAGUCCGUCUGGCCCUGCGGCCUUGUGAAUGUUGACCUGUUUAAAGGUCUUACUCACAUCGACUACGGAGAGUAUGAUCACACAGUCGUCCUGAACAGCUGAUGGUCUCAUGCAUGUUUCAGUGUUACUUGCCUCGAAGCAAGCAUAGAAGUAAUUUAGCUCGUCUGGUAGGCUCGUGUCACUGGGCAGCCGCGGCUGUGCUUCCCUUUUGUAGUCUGUAAUAGUUUGCAAGCCCUGCCAAAUUCGACGAGCGUCGGAGCCUGUUUAGUACGAUUCUAUCUUAGUCCUGAAUUGACGCUUUGCCUGUUUGAUGGUUCGUCGGAGGGCAUAGCGGGAUUUCUUAUAAGCUUCCGGGUUAGAGUCCCGCUCCUUGAAGUGGCAGCUCUACCCUUUAGCUCAGUGCGGAUGUUGCCUGUAAUCCAUGGCUUCUGGUUGGGGUAUGUACGUACGGUCACUGUGGGGACGACGUCAUCAAUGCACUUAUUGAUGAAGCCAGUGACUGAUGUGGUGUACUCCUCAAUGCCAUCGUAAGAAUCUCUGAACAUAUUCCAGUCUGUGCUAGCAAAACAGUCCUGUAGCUUAGCAUCUGCUUCAUCUGACCACUUUUUUAUUGACCGAGUCACUGGUGCUUCCUGCUUUAGUUUUUGCUUCUAUGCAGGAAUCAGGAGGAUAGAAUUAUGGUCAGAUUUGCCAAAUGGAGGGCGAGGGAGAGCUUUGUACGCGUCUCUGUGUGUGGAGUAAAGGUCGUCUAGAGUUUUUUUUUUUUUUCCUCUGGUUGCACAUUUAACAUGCUGGUAGAAAUUAGGUAAAACUUAUUUAAGUUUCCCUGCAUUAAAGUCCCUGGCCACUAGGAGCGCCACCUCUGGAUGAGCGUUUUCCUGUUUGCUUAUGGCUGUAUACAGUUCAUUGAGUGUGGUCUUAGUGCCAGCAUCGGUUUCACUCCACCUACUUAUGCAAAAUACUGAACCCCAACUUAAAUCGUUUCUACAUUCAGUAACACCAAUCCUAUUCAGAGUUCUACACACACCAAGAGCGAUACAACACACAUAUCCCUUUGGCCAACUUUGUUGUUUAGCUCAGUGUGACAAGGUGAGUGACAUCUCAAUAACCCCUGCUUUGAUUCCAUCUCUUUCAGUGUGUACUGGGAUUACGCUAUGACCAUCCGUCUGGAGGAGAUUGUUUAUUUGCACUGUCAUCAGCAGGGUAGGUUCACAAGCAGAGGCUAGUGGAGGUAGACAUUCAGAGCACAGGCUCAUUGUAAUGUCUGGAAUGUAAUUGCUGUGUCUUUUAUGGAGCUAGUCUGCUAGCUACUGAUAUCAACAACAGCUAGUUCUGGUUCAUUUAUAGAGUUGUUCAUAUCCUUACAAUGGAUAAUCAAUUUGCACAGUUUUUUCAUUAUGAUUUUACCAUCAAAACUGUAAUAAUAGGUUUAAAAGGUCCAUAAAAGGUAUAAUAUUGUCUCUGCAGUGGACAGCGGGGGCACGGUGGUGCUGGUGAGCCAGGACGGCAUCCAGAGACCCCCGCUGCACUUCCCUAGAGGGGGGCAUCUGCUCCAGUUCCUCUCCUGCCUGGAGAACGGCCUCUUGCCCCAUGGCCAGCUGGAUCCUCCGCUCUGGUCCCAGAGAGGAAAGGUCAGCCCUGGAUGUCUACUCACAAGGGACUAUCUGAGGGGUGACACAUGGGGGAAUGCUCUGUUUAGUCAUCCAACAGUUCAAUACAACCAUGUGAAUGGGGGGUCCCUGACAGAGCCAAAUAUUAUUUCAUUUAAUAGUUCGAUUUUUGGGGGGCAGAUAUUGGAUUAUUUUGGAACCUGCACGUGUGUUAAUAUCAAUGAUGUAUAUGCACUGUAUAUACACUUGACCGAUAGGGGGGCGCAGUGUUGAAGCCACAGUGACUCCAUCUUUGCACUCUCCCACCAUUGUAAAAUAUAUUUUGGAAGCUAUAGAAAUGCAUUUCUUAAUGUCUACAUUCGUUUUUGCAACAUUUAUUCUAUUACAGAAAGAAUCCUUAAAAUAUAUAUUUUUGGGAUUUCUAAUGUUACUGUCCUCACUAAAACAAAAAAGACAUAAAUACAUGUAAUUUUGUCCUUGAAACAUUGAAUUCCAUUAAUUCUUACUGAGGACUGCUCCUACUGGGGAGUGCCAAUAUGGCCGACCGGUGGCUUCAAAGCCUCUUAAUGGCCAAUGCAUAGCAUCAGCAAUCCAGGGUUUAUACACCCCUUGCACAGAUGUCACAUUUUUGCUGCCUUAAAAUUAAAACUAAAAAGGGAUUACAUUUGAUAUUUUGCCUACAGAUCUACACAACCUGAUCCACAUUUUCAAAGUGAAAGAACAAGUAUGGAAAAUUAUAGAAGUAGAGAAAGGUUUUCCUCUACCUUUUUACCUGGGCUUUGCUCCUUUCAUAUUUAUUUUGAUCCUGACGAACUCCUCAGUCCCUGACAAACUCAUGAUGUCCCUUCCCGGUGAGAAGCGUACAUAUAACAAGAUGCUGCCACCACAAUACUUGAAAAUACACACUGUGAUGUGUUUUAUUGGAUUUGUCCCAAACCUAAAGUUUUUAUUUUAAGCCAAAAGGUUAAUUUAUUUGCCAUGAUGUCUUCCAGUAUUACUUAAGGGCCUUCUUGCAAACCUAAUGGAUGACUUGACAUUUAUUUUUCUUAACACAGGCUUCCUUUGUUUCACUUUGUCAAAAUGGCAGUAAUGUAGUGUGAAUGCAAUGUUGUUGAUCCUUUUUAUAUUUUCAAGUAUUGUGGGGGCAGCAUCAUGUUAUGGGUAUGCUUGUAACUGGCAGGGGCUGGGGAGUUUGUCAGGAUCAAAAUAAUGUGAAAGGAGCAAAGCCCAGGUUUAAAGCUAGAGGAAAACCUGCCUCAGUCUCCUGAAUACAUAACCCAGGGAUGUAGCUCAGUUGGUAGAGCAUGGCGUUUGCAACGCCAGGGUUGUGGGUUCGAUUCCCAUGGGGGGCCAGUAUGAAAAAAAUAAAAAAUAAUAAUAAUGUAUGCACUAACUGUAAGUCGCUCUGGAUAAGAGCGUCUGCUAAAUGACGUAAAUGUAAUAGAAUUACAUUUUUCAGCAGGACAAUUCCCUACCAGAUUAUGCCAAAGACACCAGAAUGGCUUUCCAAGAGGUGUUGAGUGUUCCUGAGGGGUCCAGUCUCAGUCCUGACAUUUAAACUGCUUGAAAAACUGAGACAAGGUUUGAAUAUUGCUGUCCAUUAAUGAUUCCCAACCAAAUUUACAGCGCUUGAGCAAUUUUUACAAAAACAAUGGAUAUACAGUGCAUUCGGAAAGUAUUCAGACCACUUAACUAUUUCCACAUUUUGUUAUGUUACAGCCUUAUUCUAAAAUGGAUUCAAUUGUUUUUUCCCCCUCAUCUCAAUCUACACACAAUACCCCAUAAUAACAAAGACAUUUUUGCAAAAUAUCACAUUUUACAUAAGUAUUCAGACCCUUUACUCAAUACUUUGUUGAAACAACUUUGGCAGCGAUUACAGCCUCGAGUAUUCUUGGGUAUGACGCUACAAGCUUGGCACACCUGUAUUUGGGGAGUUUCUCCCAUUCUUCUCUGCAGAUCCUCUCCAACUCCGUCAGGUUGAUGGGGAGCGCUGCUCCACAGCUAUUUUCAGGUCUCUCCAGAGAUAUUAGAUCGGGUUCAAGUCCGGGCUCUGGCUGGGCCACUCAAGGACAUUCAGAGACCACUCCUGAGUUUUCUUGGCUGUGUGCUUAGGGUCGUUGUCCUGUUGGAAGGUGAACCUUCUCCCCAGUCCGAGGUCCUGAGCGCUCUGGAGCAGGUUUUCAUCAAGGAUCUCUCUGUACUUUGCUCCGUUCAUCUUUCCCUCGAUCCUGACUAGUCUCCCAGUCCCUGCUGCUGAAAAACAUGAUACUGCCACCACCAUGCUUCACUGUAGGGAUGGUGCCAAGUUUCCUCCAGACGUGACACUUGGCAUUCAGGCCAAAGAGAUCAAUUUUAGUUUCAUCAGACCAGAGAAUCUUGUUUCUAAUGGUCUGAGUCCUUUAGGUGCCAUUUUUUCAAACUCCAAGUGGGCUGUCAUGUGCCUUUUACUGAGGAGUGGCUUCCGUCUGGCCACUCUACCAUAAAGGCCUGAUUGGUGGAGUGCUGCAGAGAUGGUUGCCCUUCUGGAAGGUUCUCAAAUCUCCACAUAUGAGCUCUGUUAGAGUGACCAUCGGGUUCUUGGUCACCUCCCUGACCAAAGCCCUUCUCCCCCGAUUGCUCAGUUUGGCCGGGCGGCCAGCUCUAGAAAGAGUCUUGGUGGUUCCAAACUUUUUCCAUUUAAGAAUUAUGGAGGCCAUUGUGUUCUUGGGGAUCUUCAAUGCUGCAGAAUUUUUUUUGGUACCUUUCCCCAGAUCUGUGCCUCGACACAAUCCUUUCUCUGAGCUCUACGGACAAUUCCUUCGACCUCAUGGCUUGGUUUUUGCUCUGACAUGCACUGUCAACUAUGGGACCUUAUAUAGACAGGUGUGUGCCUUUCCAAAUCAUGUCCAAUCAAUUCAAUUUACCACAGGUGGACUCCAAUCACAUUGUAGAAACAUCUCAAGGAUGAUCAAUGGAAACAGGAUGCACAUGAGCUCAAUUUCGAGUCUAAUAGCAAAUGUCUGAAUACUUAUGUAAAUAAGGUAUUUCUGUUUUUUAAUCGUAAUAAAUUAGCAAACAUUUCUAAAAACCUGUUUUCGCUUUGUCAUUAUGGGGAAUUGUGUGUAGAUUGAAGAGGAUUUUUUUUUAAAAAUCCAUUUUAGAAUAUGGCUGUAACGUAACAAAAUGUGGAAAAAGUCCAAGGGGUCUGAAUACUUUCCGAAUGCACUGUACACUACAUGACCAAAGGUAUGCAGACACCUGCUUGUCGAUCAUCUCGUUCCAAAAUCAUGAGCAUUAAUAUGGAGUUUGUCCCCCUUUUGCUGCUAAAACAGCCUCCACUCUUCUGGGAAGGCUUUCCACUAGAUGUUGGAACAUUGCUGCAGGGACUUGCUGCCACAAGCAUUAGUGAGUUCGGGCACUGAUGUUGGGUGACUAAGCCUGGCUCGCAGUCGGCGUUCCAAUUAAUCUCAAAGGUGUUUGAUGGGGUUGAGGUCAGGGCUCUGUGCAGGCCAGUCAAGUUCUUCCACACCGAUCUUGACAAACCAUUUCUGUACGGACCUCGCUUUGUGCACGGGGGCAUUGUCAUGCUCAAACAGGAAAGGGCCUUCCCCAAACUGUUGCCACAAAGUUGGAAGCACAGAAUCGUCUAGAAUGUAAUUGUAUGCUGUAGCGUUAAGAUUUCCCUUCACUGGAACUAAGGGGCCUAGCCCAAACCAUGGAAAACAGCCCCAGACCAUUAUUCCUCCUCCACCAAACUUUACAGUUGGCACUAUGCAUUGGGGCGUGUAGAGUUCUCCUGGUAUCCGCCAAUCCCAGAUUCGUCUAUUGGACUGCCAGAUGGGGAAGCGUGAUUCAUCACCGCAGAGAACGCGUUUCCACUGCUCCAGAGUCCAAUGGCGGCGAGCUUUACACCACUCCAGCCGACGCUUCACAUUGCGCAUGGUGAUCUUAGGCUUGUGUGCUGCUGCUUGGCCAUGGAAACCCAUUUCAUUAAGUUCCUGAACAGUUCUUGUGCUGGUCCCGUUCUGUGAGCUUGUGUGGCCUACCACAUUGUGACUGAGCCGUUGUUGCUCCUAGAUGUUUCCACUUCACAAUAAAAGCACUUAGUUGACCAGGGCAGCUCUAGCAGGGCAGAAAUUUGACAAACUGACUUGUUGGAAAGGUGGCAUCCUAUGACGGUGCCACGUUGAAAGUCAUUCAGCUCUUCAGUAAGGCCAUUCUACUGCCAAUGUUUGUUUAUGUAGAUUCCAUGGCAGUGUGCUACAUUUUAUAGACAUAUCCGCAACGGGUGUGGCUGAAAUUUCCUUUUCACGCAUUUCAAGGGGUGUCCACAUACUUUUGUAUAUAUAGUGUAUGUUGCCCUAAGAGUUGUGCAGAGUAGAAUAUUAUUCCAAUAGAAUUACAGCUGUAGAAAAAAAAAUAUUGCUGCCAAAGUGGCUUCCACCAAGUAUUAACUCUUGGUGUGAAUUUUUUAUUAAUUUAGAGAGUGUUCUUUACUGUUUCUUUUACUUGAAAAUGUGGAGCAGGUUAUGUAAAUCUGUAGGAAAAAUAAUAAUUGAAUCCCUUUUUUGACAAUUGGGAAAGGGAUUUGUAGACUUUCACUAGGCACUGUAUGUGUUAGACUGUAAAGACUACAUCAUGUCUACUGGGCAGAAGAAAUGAUAAAAACCACCCACACAUGGCUGCUUUAAGCCAGACCUUAUUAAGUAUGGCUUAUAUAAGCAGUCCUUCUGUUUGGUGAAAGUGUGGAUGUUUUAAAAAUCUAGGCGAUUUAAAAUUGUCAUUUAAAAAAAAUGUAUUAUUAGUUUUGUCUAAACAAACAAAGAAUGCUGUUAAUCAUUUUCGAUCCUGAAUAACAGUUUUGCUACAGUUUGUCACCUUCUUACAAAUUGUUUUGUUGGCAUUUACUGUAUCUACUAUUCACCUAAUUUCUGAUUACAGGGGAAGGUGUUCCCUAAACUGAGAAACAAGUGUUUACAGGGCUCCUCGGACUCAGUGUCCGAUAAGGAGGAGGAUGAAGCCACAGACUAUGUCUUCCGCAUCCUGUUCCCAAACAGCCAAUCAGAGUUUGGUAAGUGACUUUGACCCCUCCUCCAGAGCACUGGUAAUAUCCUGGUUUUCAUUUGCUCCAUGACAACUAUUAUUCGUGUGGUAACUUCAGGUGGCCCCGGAAUCAUGUUUUUUGUUUAUUUUUUGUCCAACUGUCCUCAUUGUCCGUUCCAGUGACUAUAACACACCCUCCCCGUGUUUCCCCGGGGGCUCCUCUCCAGUCCCACUCCUUCUCCCUCCACCUGAGAGGACAGCCCCCAUCCAAAUGGACCUUGGUGGUCCCCAAGCGCUCCUUCAGCUGUCCCAGAGACCCCUCCUCACACACCACAGGGAACAGCUGUAAUGUUGCCACACCUCAGCUCCUCCGUCUGUCUGUCCGUCCACUUGCUUUGCUUCAAUCACCGCCUCGCCCUCUGUCUCCUCCCUACAAACCUUACAAAUGAGUCCCCUAAUCAAGCACUCUCUGUCCCCUUUCCUUAACCUCAGUUCCUCUUGGACAAUAGGUGGCUGACUAUGGGUCUUCCAAUCGAAAAAUCAAAACGUUAUGUCGAGGUAAAUAGUGGUUUAAAGUAGUAGCAAAAGAGCAAAUGUUGAAAUUGACAUGUUAAGGGUUGAAUCCUAAGUUCAGAUGCACACACUUAACUCAGAAUGUCAUGCCUUGACGUCAAUGGAAGAUUUGCGUGAAAACUUCAGUAUGUGCGCGUUAACAGAAUAGAGAAAGUCCAAUAAGAAUGUGUCGUCAUUACCAUGCCGACAGACAGUUCUACACCCUCCACAGAUUGAAAUGUUUUGAUUCCCCAAAUGUCCUUGUUGAUGUGCUUGAUUUGUUCUCUAAUGCCACCUAACCUCUAUGGCAGCUAUUAACCUAUCCUCUAAUCUAGUGACGGAUCAUGCUCAAACUAAUUCAGCUGUGAUCGUGUCUUGAGAAUCAUCUGCAGAGGUAUCCAAAUCAUGAUGGGGCAAUGUGAUUCUGUCUGAGAGUUUGAGCCUGUGCAGUUACAGUAUAACACAGAGUUUGACCAUGGUCAAAUACAGGUAACUGCCAAAAUAAAGGAAUAACCAACAUAAAGUGUCUUAAUAGGGCGUUGGGCCACAAUGAGCCGCCAGAACAGCUUCAACGCGCUUGGCAUAGAUUCUACAAGUGUUUGGAACUCUAUUGGAGGGAUGCGACCCUAUUCUUCCAUGAGAAAUUCCAUAAUUUGGUGUUUUGUUGAUGGUGGUGGAAAACGCUGUCUCAGGCGCCGCUCCAGAAUCUUCCAUAAGUGUUCAAUAGGGUUGCGAUCUGGUGACUGAGACACACACACACACUUUUAAACCCCCUAUGCUCCUUUGAGACCCCUCUUUUAAAGUCACUAACCACAUUUCCAUGCACAGUUUUUAUGCGAGUAAAGUUAUACCUUCAUGAAAAACAAAAUCCCAACAGCUGUGAUGGAAACAGGAAGUUUCGGUUCAAUUUUAUAAAUGCCGACACAUUUUUUCGUUAAAACAUGGUGGUAUCUUUCUGUGUCUGUAAAAUAAAUUAUGCGAGAAAUGGCAAUGGAAAGAUCAUAUCAAAGUAAACUUGGAGUCACGCGAUGAUAUGGCGUUAGGUCGUCCCACUACGACUCAAUAAACCAUGCAGUUUAUUAGGCUACGGAUUAAAUAAAUUAUAUGAUGAGCUUCACAGGGUGGUGAAAGUGCACGGGGAUGAGCUAAUAAAUAUCGAGGGUCUUAUUCUGGUGACAUGAUGAUUGAUACUUGUCUGCCGUUUUGACAACUAAAAAUAUUAAUAAUCUCAUCAUGUAGACUAGCCUACUUGCACGUGCCAAGACCAGAGUAAGCACAUUUUCUAUUUAACGCAACAGUUUUUGUGACAAAACUAUAGGUAGAGUUGAAAAUGCAGUGGAAACACAUUUAACUUAAACAUUUUAUUCGGUACAUGAAAACUUAAGCAAAAAAGUACAUUUUGUGUGCACUAUGUCAUCACGCACUGAUUUUUAUAUGCAACAAGUCAGUUUGGUGGAAACACACUUGUGUGAAAAUGUGCAUAUUUUCUUUAUGCAGAUUUUAGAAUAUUCGCAUGAAACUAUAUCGCCAAUUGGAUGGAAACCUAGCUACUGAGAUCUCUUCUAGCCAUGGUAGACAACAUAAUGGGCAACUGGGCAUUUAUAUACAUGACCCUAAGCAUGAUGGGAUGUUUUAAUUGCUUAAUUAACUCAGGAACCACACCUGUGUGGAAGCACCUGCGUUCAAUAUACAUUUCCUUUAUUUUGGCAGUUUCCUGUACAUAUAAGUCAGAUACUCUCAUACGUGAGCUCUGCUUGAUAUAGUUUGCCUAGUACAAUGGCAACUCCAAGCUAAAUCAGGUACACCUCAAAUACUUUCAAGUCUUUUAUUUAUGUAUUUGACGUGGGUCUGAUAUGUUUCAAACCUCAUACUGUGCGCUAACCAUGAUGUGUGUGUAUGCUGUUCUGUGGUGUAGUGGCUCCAGAGCUGAUGGACCAGGGGGCCAACAUGUGGCAGCCCACCCCCAGGAAGUCCUCCUGCUCGUCCUGUACCCAGGUCAGCUUCUCACAUGGAGGACCCCCCAACGGGUGCAACCAUGAAAGGUCAGAGAAGGACACACACUGCUGGUUACCCAGACAUCAUCCCUGGCCUUUACUGAUCCCACUGACCUGAGAAGGAUACGAGAUCCACAGACCCAGGUUCAAAUACUCUUUGAAAUCUUUCAAAUACUUUGAGUGUUUGCUUUAGCCUGACUUGGAGUGCCAGGUGGGCAGGUAUGCACUUUCUAGACUUUUCUAUUGGUUCCAUUGCAAUAGGCAAGCUCAUUCAAGCACAAAUAAUUUCAAAUAGUAUUUGAACCCGGGUUUGUGGAUCUCGUAUCCUUCUCAGGUCAGUGGGAUCGGUAAAGGCUGAAGAACAAACAGCUGAAGGCAGUAUCGAGGUUAGAUUUGUGUGCUGUUUCCCUCUGCAGAGCCCCUUUGAAGCUGCUGUGUGACCAGAUGAAGAAUCAGAUCAUCUCCCGGGCGUUCUACGGCUGUACGUGAUUGUGAACACAACUCUUCUAUCUUCUGUACCCCUAGAUGAUUUGCAACGCGUUGCAACGGAUUUUAAUUUCAAACAGUUCAUCAAUUAGUCUAGCGUCCAACUAUUAAUUAGGUGUCAGAUGUAUGAUCGCCUUAUUAGAUAAUUUAUCACAUAAAAUCUCGGAAAGGAGGAUCAUUUGAAAGCAGUUAUGUUUUUGUAUUUUCAGGGCUAGCUUAUUGUCGUCAACUGUCCACUGUACGUACACACCUCUCGGCCCUGGUCAACCACACCAUCGUGGCGCCCGAUGUGCCCAGUGAUGCCUUCACGGGCCUCACCGCCGAGGUGUGGCAGAGGUUCCUUCAGGACUGCACUGUAAGUAUCACCAUCACAUUAUUAGCAUCAUUGCUAACAUCAUCACAGACACACACUGUGCAGUACCAGCCAGCUCAAACCCCCUGGCGACAAGAUGCGCGCGCACACACAGACGCACACACAGACGCACGCACGCACAUACACACACUCAUCUAUAUUCACCCGUUAAUCAUCACACAUUCUUACUCACACAACCAAACGUAUGCAAGGGUGACUAAUGCCCUGCCAUUAAGCGUAACAGGAGACAUUUUCAUGGGAGGGACUCGGUUGACUAAUAAUCUAUCUAGUUCAUCCAUGUGUGUCCAAUCUGUGUUUGUACAGUUCUACUGUGUGUAGUCAAUCUGGGCAUUUAGCUAAAAGGGCUAGAUUAUGUAUUAUACAUUAUUUAACAGUGAAUUAGGACCCCCACUGACAUCCAGUGGUACACAACCAUUCUGCAGAAGAAUUGAUGUACUGUAGAUAAGCCACUGGCCUCCUUUUUUUGUUAUGUGUUCUUGUGAAUUGUUUUAUGUCAGUGUAUAUGUAAAUGUUAGUGUAUUCAUGUGUGGGUACGUCAUUGUGUGUACUGUACAGUAUAUUCCGACCUGGGCUCACAAAAUAUUUGUUAGCUUUCAAAUAGUUUAGUGGCGCUUAAAUGAGCUCACCUGGCACAAUGGAACCAAUGGAAUAGUCCUAAAAGUGAAACCCGCACUCCAGACAGGCUCGAUCAAACUCUCAAAACGAGUAACUUCAUGAAAACGACUACUACUGGUAUUUCAACCCAAGUCUGUACAUACGCCUUUCUAUAUCUGUGUGUGUUGCGGUUCAAUGACUGAGGCCUGUCCCCCUCUGCUCUCCAGGCCUAUAAGGAGCAGGAGCUGCUGCGCCUGGUGUACUUCGGCGGUGUUGAACCUUCGCUGCGUAAGGAGGUGUGGCCCUUCCUCCUGGGCCACUACCAGUUUGGCAUGUCUGAGUCUGACAGGGAAGAGGUUGGUGUCACCCUUGCCAUUAGAUAUCACCACCAAAACCCCUUGACCUCCAACCCCUGACCCUUGCCCUGUGACACGGUGCAGGUGGAUGAGCAGGUGCGGGCGUGCUACGAGCAGACCAUGAGCGAGUGGCUGGGCUGCGAGGCCAUCGUGCGGCAGCGGGAGAAGGAGCAGCAUGCAGCGGCGCUGGCUAAGUGCUUGUCUGUCUCGGCCAGCGUGGAUAAUCCAAGCCCUGUUCAGAGGAUGAUGCACCGUGACUCCAGCAUCAGUAAUGAGGUGACGCACCCACGCCUGUCCACACGCACAGUCUUAUGGAACACAGGAUACCCGGUAGACCAAUAUGUUGUCUUGACCAACAUGUUAGAUCUCCAACGCCUCAAUAAUAUGAAAGUACAAAGCAUAUAGUGAAAUGUUAACUUGGGGCACUAAUAAUACACUGCCUUUACGACAGUUACAUAUCAAUACAUACAGGCCUACUGUCAAACUUGUCCACAUUAUGUGUUGUGCCAGGUUUUACUGACCUGUUUUCUCCCCUGCUGGUUCUCUGGUACUACCCAUGCCAGUCCUCCCAGAGCUGCAGCUCAGACAGACAGAGCCUGGCUCGCCUGCAGAGUGGCUCCAGCAGCAGCACCCAGGUACCCCUCAUGCACACUGAGAUCCUAUUAAAUACUGGAGCUGAAAUGUUACAUUUGAUUUUGUAUGUCAUUCUAUGCUCUAUGCUCACCUAAUUAAAAGUAUCUAAUUAUUCAUAAUAACUAACAAUACAAAUAAUAACACACAGGGCUGAAUACACACUUGCCUGUAUACAGGUGAUUCUACAGAAGUUUUGCAAAUUACAGUCCCAUCCCCAAAAACUUAGGACAUUUAUUUACAUCAUGAUAUGUUCUAAUUCAAUCCAAGGCAAUAAUAAACAUAUUGUUAAAUUAAUAUAGUACAAAGGCAUUGUUUACACACCUAUAUCUAUUGAGAGGUAGUUGUCCCAAACCCUGACUCCUAAACUUCAUGUUUGAAAAUAAAGCAAUUAAUGAUUCGAGUUAUAUUAUUACAUUGAAAUAUACGGAUCUAAUUAGUCAUUUUGUUUAUUUUUAAACAGCUUUCUCAAAAAAGUCUGUCCCACCUUUUGAUGUCACCACAUUAAAACUUUAAAAUAAAUGUGCCUUAAGCCACACCCCUACAGGUAUCACCAGGUGAUGGGAUUGCACCCCUCUCCAGCAUGGCCAAUAGUCUGUCUGCAAUCAUUUUGGAGAAAAUGAGUAAGCAAGUUGGUAAAUCUUCAUGUAUUUUUACGACGUGUCACUACUGAACAUCUAAUGUAUCAAGAAAUAUAAGAAGUACGGAUUUGUGACUAAAAUAUGUUUGCUGGGAUGUACAUCCAUCCAAAUGAAAGAUAGCCAGCCAUAUGUUAACUAUGGAGAUUCUUUAAAAUACAAAAUAAGUCAAAAUUGUCCAAACUGAAAUGGUCACAACCGAAACAAUUGAAACCAUAGCGAUAUAGAGGUCUCAUCUUUGUAUCUGUGCCAUUAUGGCGUCUGUGACGGCACGGGCAGCGCCAUAGAGGCUAUCUCCAUUUUAAAGUUGCAUGCGCCAUGCUCUACCAACUGAGCUACAGAGGACCACCAUGUGGGUAGUGGACAAGUGCACGUCUUCAGGAAAAGGUAUAGAGUAUUGAAAUGCAUAGCCAGCAGGGGGGCUUCAACCCUCCAAGAGCCCAAACAUUGACAUCUAUUUGGCCAAAACCUAGACGUCUAUAAUGUGCUCUACCGUACUGUUCUAUACUGUACUCAAGUUUACUCUACUUGAGUUUCUUACAAUUGAAGAAAGGGCCCAUGGACUCUUGAUUUCAUGGUCUUGAGACAUAACAUAAAUAAAUUCAGUCUUUAAUUUGUCAUUUGUCUCAACUCACUGGGUCUGGAUCUUGGGACCAAUGUCCUGGUAUAAAUCUUGGUCUUAGCCUGGAUAUUACCUUAGUCUUUGGUUUACAAACCAUAGGCAACCCAAUCUGAAGAAGACAAUGCUCUCUGAUCAUUGGCUGAUCACUCCCAACCCAUAGGAAUCCCCACCCAUUGGUCUACUUUUAAAUGGUGGAAGCCCUCAAUUGCAAUGUCUAUACUAAAAGGAGUUAUAUCCAUCUAGAGUCCUCCAUUUAUCUCUAUGAUUUACACUUGACACCAAAAUGCCUGUUAUGCUGCCAAAAUAAAGAUUGCUAAAGUAAUAAUUUAAAUGUCUACAGUGAGGGGAAAAAAGUAUUUGAUCCCAUGCUGAUUUUGUACGUUUGCCCACUGACAAAGAAAUUAUCAGUCUAUCAUUUUUAUGGUAGGUUUAUUUGAACAGUGUGAGACAGAAUAACAACAAAAAAAUCCAGAAAAACGCAUGUCAAAAAUGUUAUAAAUGGAUUUGCAUUUUAAUGAGGGAAAUAAGUAUUUGACCCCUCUGCAAAACAUUACUUAGUACUUGGUGGCAAAACCCUUGUUGGCAAUCAGAGGUCAGACGUUUCUUGUAGUUGGCCACCAGGUUUGCACACAUCUCAGGAGGGAUUUUGUCCCACUCCUCUUUGCAGAUAUUCUCCAAGUCAUUAAGGUUUCGAGGCUGACGUUUGCCAACUCAAACCUUCAGCUCCCUCCACAGAUUUUCUAUGGGAUUAAGGUCUGGAGACUGGCUAGGCCACUCCAGGACCUUAAUGUGCUGCUUCUUGAGCCACUCCUUUGUUGCCUUGGCCGUGUGUUUUGGGUCAUUGUCAUGCUGGAAUACCCAUCCACGACCCAUUUUCAAUGCCCUGGCUGAGGGAAGGAGGUUCUCACCCAAGAUUUGACGGUACAUGGCCCCGUCCAUCAUCCCUUUGAUGCGGUGAAGUUGUCCUGUCCCCUUAGCAGAAAAACACCCCCAAAGCAUAAUGUUUCCACCUCCAUGUUUGACGUGGGGAUGGUGUUCUUGGGGUCAUAGGCAGCAUUCCUCCUCCUCCAAACACGGCGAGUUGAGUUGAUGCCAAAGAGCUCGAUUUUGGUCUCAUCUGAUCACAACACUUUCACCCAGUUCUCCUCUGAAUCAUUCAGAUGUUCAUUGGCAAACUUCAGACGGGCAUGUAUAUGUGCUUUCUUGAGCAGGGGGACCUUGCGGGCGCUGCAGGAUUUCAGUCCUUCGCGGCGUGGUGUGUUACCAAUUGUUUUCUUGGUGACUAUGGUCCCAGCUGCCUUGAGAUCAUUGACAAGAUCCUCCCGUGUAGUUCUGGGCUGAUUCCUCACCGUUCUCAUGAUCAUUGCAACUCCACGAGGUGAGAUCUUGCAUGGAGCCCCAGGCCGAGGGAGAUUGACAGUUAUUUUGUGUUUCUUCCAUUUGCGAGUAAUUGCACCAACUGUUGUCACCUUCUCACCAAGCUGCUUGGCGAUGGUCUUGUAGCCCAUUCCAGCCUUGUGUAGGUCUACAAUCUUGUCCCUGACAUCCUUGGAGAGCUCUUUCGUCUUGGCCAUGGUGGAGAGUUUGGAAUCUGAUUGAUUGCUUCUGUGGACAGGUGUCUUUUAUACAGGUAACAAGCUGAGAUUAGGAGCACUCCCUUUAAGAGUGUGCUCCUAAUCUCAGCUCGUUACCUGUAUAAAAGACACCUGGGAGCCAGAAAUCUUUCUGAUUGAGAGGGGGUAAAAUACUUAUUUCCCUCAUUAAAAUGCAAAUCAAUGUAUAACAUUUUUGACAUACGUUUUUCUGGAUUUUGUUGUUGUUAUUCUGUCUCUCACUGUUCAAAUAAACCUACCAUUAAAAUUAAACUGAUCAUUUCUUUGUCAGUGGGCAAACGUACAAAAUCAGCAGGGGAUCAAAUACUUUUUUCCCUCACUGUAACAACAUCAUUAAUUAGAUGCGUAAGUAAUUCAAUCAAUUAACAAGUUUCAGAUUCAUACAGUCAACAGAGAACAAUGGAUAUUAUAUUUCUCUAAAUUCAAUUUAAAAAAUCUAGUUAAAUCAUGUUAUUACUUUUUUGUUAAUUUGGUAUGCAAAUAACAUUUUAUAAAAUGUAUCUGUAAUAAAAAAGAAUCACUACUGUUCUCCCUUUAUUGCAACUGUUUUACUAUGUUUCGGUAGUGAUAAAUGUAGUGGGGUGAUAAGGAAUUCGGGUAAAUAUUUCAUAUAUGCAAUACAAACAAAGUGUGUGACUAAUAUAUACUCAAUGUUGGAAGACUUAUGAAAAAUAGGAUACACAUUUCAAUUUUUGUCCAACCCCCUAUUUGCACCACUUCUGUAGAAUGACCCAUACACAAAAGCUGCUUAGUCCCACAGUACUGAAAAGUGAACUGUAGAACGAUGUCCUGAGCUUACCCAUGAUGGUGUACAACGAUUAUGGUCUAGCAAUCACUAUUUUAAUGGAAAUAUGUUGGAUUAUGGCUUCAAGGUCAAAUUCUAAGAGUGCCUCCAAAAGCUAGAAAUCGUUCCAUGACACACGAUACGUUGCAUUUUUUAUAAAAUACAAUCGUUCCAUUUUUGUAAUUCAUACCAAAAACACCUUUCAUAUUAGAAUUAUAAUAUUCCUAUUGUUUCAAACCUAUUGAAUUACUCUAGUCCAGGGUUUCCCAAACUCAGUCCUCAGGACCCCAAGGGAUGCAUGUUUUGGUUUUUGCCCUAGCACUACAUUCAAAUAAUUAACUAAUCAUCAAGCUUUGAUCAGCUGUGUAGUGAAUCAGCUGUGUAGUGUUAGGGCAAAAACCAAAAUGUGCACAGAGUUUGGGAAUGGUGCGUUUUGGAAAAUGUUUAAAAACAUUAUGGGGAAGGGUAAAUAUGCUGGAAUUCCAGUGUUGGUAGAAACAAAUGUCACCAACAAGAAAAGGAAAGAAAAGGCUAAUGUCCUAGGUGGUGCAUUUGCAGGUGAGAGUAAGAGGAGACGUAGGGAAAGGUUAAAGGAGAAUGGAGAUGUUUAAAGGAAAAAGGGGAGUCAGGAGAAGCUAUGGAUGCAGAGUUUUCUAUGUAUGAGAUGACAAGGGUGUUGGUGGGAUGCGGGCGGACUGCUCCUGGAGAAGAUAGGGUGUGUUACGUGAUGUUUAAGCAUGCACCGAACAGUGUGUUGGAAGCAGUGUAAGGUUGUAUAAUAAGGUGCUGGGUGGAAACGUGUGGUGGUGUUGCCGUUUGUAAAACCAGGUAAAGAUCUUGCGAGGGUGGGCAGUUAUAGGCCUAUCGUGUUGACAUCCAAUAUGUGUACGUUAAUGGAAAAUAUUAUAGUGAGUAGGAUGAUGUAUUGCUUGGAAGUUAGGGGUUUGUUGAGCGUAGCACAGAGUGGGUUCAGGAGAGGGAGGUCUGCCAUGGAUGCUCUGGUGACCAUUAGUACAGAGAUAGCCAAGGCCCUGUCAAUAAAAGAGGUGAUGAGUGUUGUGUAUUUUGACAUUGAGCAAGCUUACGAUACCAUGUGGAGGGAUGGGUUGUUGAUCAAGUUGAGUGCAUUGGGGGACGUCUGUAUAACUGGAUCAUGGACUUCCUGUUCGAUCGGGUCAUACGGUUGAGGGUGGGGUCAGAAUUGUCAAUGUGGUUUGAAGUGGACAAUGGUACUCCUCAGGGAAGUGUGGUUAGUCCGGUGUCGUUCACCCUGAUGAUAGAUUAUAUAUUUUAAAAGGUGGGACAGGGAGUGGGUGUGGCCUUGAAUGCUGAUGAUGGGGCUGUAUGGAAGAGAGGUAGGAAUGUGAAAUGUGAUGAGGAAGAAGCAAGAAGCUGUGGGAGUUGUGGAAGAUUGGUCUCUAACAUGGGGAUUUAGGAUGUCUGUGACCAAGUCCUGCUUUAUGGUGUUUUCUAGGAGGAAGGUCAAAAGAUGUUAGGCUGCAAAUAUACGUUCAGGAUAUAGGUAGGGUGUCUGAGUUUAAAUAUUUAGGUAUGUGGUUUGAUGAGAGGCUUACGUGGAAGAGACAUGUUGAGUAUAUUGAAAUUAAGUGUAGGAAGGUGCUGAACCUCAUGAGGGCAGUGGAAGGAUAUGAUUGGGGGUUGGAUAGACAAACACUUGUGUAUGUAUCAGGCAUUGAUCAGGUCAUCUUUGGAUUAUGGGUGCUUUGUAUAUGGAUCGGCAACCAAAACGGUACUACAGCAUCUGGAUAGGAUACAGUCAACGGCCUGAGAUUGUGUAUGGGUGCCUUCAGGACGACACCUGUUGAGGUAUUGUAGGUGGAUAGUGGGGAAGUGCCAGUGAGGAUAAAGCGGGACAAACUUGCAUUAGCAUACUGGGCGAGGUUGAAAGGGAGUUCAGAAGGACAUCCUGCGGUCAUGGCAAAUGGGGAAUGUUGGGAGCGAGGAGUGGGUAAGCAGAAGGCGUACGGGUGGACAAUUGGCCAGAAGGUGGUAGAAUAUGGACUAGGGUAGAGCGAGAUGGGGCUGGCAAUUGCAUUGGGGAAUGUUCCUCCGUGGUUGUUUCUGAAACCAAGUGUAGCUGUGGAUAUGAUUGAGGGUAGGAGAGAAUUGGGUGAGGACGUGAGAUGGGGUGUGAAGAUAUAUAUUACACACUACCGGUCAAAAGUUUUAGAACACCUACUUAUUCAAGGGUUUUUCUUUAAUUUUUACUAUUUUCUACAUUGUAGAAUAAUAGGGAAGACAUCAAAACUAUGAAAUAACACACAUGUAGUAACCAAAAAUGUGUUAAACAAUUCAAAUUAUAUUUUAUAUAUUUGAGAUUCUUCAAAUAGCCACCCUUUGCUUUGAUGACAGCUUUGCACACUCUUGGCAUUCUCUCAACCAGCUUCACCUGGAAUGCUUUUCCAACAGUCUUGAAGGAGUUCCCACAUAAGCUGAGCACUUGUUGGCUGCUUUUCCUUCACUCUGCGGUCCGACUGAGCCCAAGCCAUCUCAAUUUGGUUGAGGUCGGGGGAUUGUGGAGGCCAGGUCAUCUGAUGCAGCACUCCAUCACUCACUUUCUUGGUUAAAUAGCCCUUACACAGCCUGGAGGUGUGUUGGGUCAUUGUCCUGUUGAAAAACAAAUUAUAGUCCCACUAAGCCCAAACCAGAUGGGGUGGCGUAUCGCUGCAGAAUGCUGUGGUAGCCAUGCUGGUUAAGUGUGCCUUGAAUUCUAAAUAAAUCACAGACAGUGUGUCUAGGGCUCUAUUUCACUUUCUUAGAGCAACAGGACUAAUGAAGAAUUUAAUAAGGUAGGCUGUGACUGGCCUCACACUCCAGUACAGUAGGUGGCGGUGUAUGCACCUUAAGUUGGAUGCAAUCCACCAACCCAAUCUUUAAGAAGAGUUUGGGAAACGCUGCUCUAGUCUUUUACAGUUAUAUUGUUAUAUGUGUAAAGUGAUCUUUUAGCUUUUUUGAACCAAAGUUCCUCAACCCCACACUCUCUCUCCUGCUAGUUCUUCAGUUCACAUCCUCCCAUUCCUUCGCCUAGACUAGCCUGCUUCCCUUUGGCUUGUUCUUUUAGGUGUUUGAGUCCGUGGAGGAGGUGGAUCAGAUUGAGACCGAGCCCAAGAGCGAAGAGGCCAAGCAGGUGCCCAAGAUCCCCAAUGGAGGAGCCCUGCCCAACGGGACCAGCUCCCCAGACUCGGGGCACCCCUCCUCUCGCAACUUCUCAGUCACCUCAGGCCUGUCAGAACGCUCUCUGAGCACAGAGGACAGCACUGCACCUGACACCACCCCUAAAAACACCACCAGCACUCCUCCACAGUUGGCCCCAGCCCCACAGAGCCCAGUCAUAGCCCAUGAGGAAGAGUUGGAGGCAGAUAGCCCAAACAUCCAACCCCAGGCCCUGCAGGAGGAGAGGGACCUCCAGGCCAUGGACCCACCAGAGAAGGAGGAAAAAGAGAAGGAAGAGAGUGCGACCGAAGUGACCCAAGAGACUGAGGGCAACGAGACAGAAGUGCCAGAUAUAGAAAUAGACAAAAAGACAGUGACAAGGGGGGACAAGGCAACAGACGCAGGUGUGUUAGAGAGCCAGAAAAUAGAGGAAGAAAAUACUUCCGUGACUGAAACUGCCGAGACAGAAGAGGUAAGGACCUCUGAAAGGGAGGACAUUGAGUUACCGAAAGCAGAAGUGGAUGCUGUAGAAGAAACAGUGGAGUCCGAAACAGAUGAGUUCAAAACAAUGGAUGCUAAAGAGCCUGAGACAGAAGUGGUGAAAAUGUUGGAUGGAGAGCCAGCCAUGCUAGCAGACACAGAGGAGAUGCAGUCACUGGAAACAUUGAAAACUCGAGAGUCAAGAGAAACAGAGGACGAAGGAUCAGAACCAGAAUCUGUAGAUCCAGAAGAGAAUGAAACAAACCAUAGAGAGCCAAAAGAGGAGAAGUCAUUGAUAUCAACGGUGACUGCAGAAGCAAUGGAGGACAAGACAUCAGAACUGGAGGAUGAGCGAACUUCAGAGGCUGGAGAAACAAAGAGUGCUGAAACAUCGGAAGUAAAGGAAGCCGAAGAAAAUACUAUGGAAAAGACAGAAACUGAGAAAGAAGUAGGAGCCAAUCAGACUUUAAAAUCUGAGGUAGCCGAAACAAAGGUGGUUAAGACGGUGUCACACAAAGAAGUUGCAGAGGCAAAAGUGGAGGACAUUACAAAAUCUAAGGAAGUGGGAAAAAGAGAGGAGGAGGAGAUCAUACCAUCUGAGGCCGAGCUCCCAGAGACCGAGAAGAAUACAAGCCCCGUAGCAGAGACCAGGUUGGCAAGGGCAAUGGAAGCAUUUGGUUGCACCACCCAGAGUGAGGAGGCUCUGGCCACCACAGAAUCUGACGAGUCUCCUUCAGCCAUUGAGAUGGAGGAGAUCUCCUUGGCAAAAGUCUCCAUGGCCCCACUGUGGGACAGGAAGGGUCCGUGCGACCGUUCCGGGGUCGGGGCUGCUCUCUCUGAGGGCUCAGUCCCCCAUCUGGAGCUCCGACUGGAGGAGGAGGAGGAACAGUGCAAGCCCAGCCCAGAGGGCACAGAGUCCAACUUGUCUGAGGAGCCUGAGAUGGAGAGCAUUUUCCCACAAUUUGACUCCCUGGCCGUGGGCAGAGAGCUGAAAAACGAGGCCAUCUCUCCAGUGUCAUCCAUCGGAACCACCUAUUCUGUAGGCACUUGGCAUUUUAUUUUCGGAAUAUAUUCUUCCCGAAUAAUCAAGAUUUAUUUAGGUUUUUGGUUUUACAGUUCCGAGUAAGUUAUGCUUUAACAUUUGUGUGUGGGGGGGUGUUGCGCCUUUUGUUGCAGCAGGAGCUUUUAGACAUGUACACGAUGAACCUGCACCGCAUUGAGAAGGAUGUCCAGCGAUGUGACAGAAACUACUGGUACUUUACCCCUGCCAACCUGGAGAAACUGCGCAACAUCAUGUGCAGGUAAAAUAAAAACAGUCAUUCAUGUUUCUCUAGUGCUCUUUUGCAGAAAGGUUUGGAAAUAAUCUUGACUCAUUAUGUUGUGUGGAGCUCAAUGUCAAAUGGAAAAUAGGAAGAAUAAACGAGUUACACAUGAUGCUGACUUCUCUUCUCAGCUAUAUCUGGCAGCACCUGGAGAUUGGCUAUGUGCAGGGCAUGUGUGACCUGCUGGCUCCCCUCCUUGUCAUUCUGGAUGAUGGUGAGUUAACGCUGUUGAGUCAAGGCUGUGACUGUGUGUGUUCCCCCGUCACUCUCCUCCUUGGUAGUUAUGAUAUGGAUUCUGCGAUGGCAGCAAAAUGUGUCAACCUUCAAGAUUACUUUACCUUCUGAAAUUUGAUUUGAUCAGUCCUUUGUUUAACACACAUAUACAGAUGUAGGAUCUUCAUUUCAUCACUCUUUUGUUGCUGAGAAUUUUCCUGCACUGCAGGAAAUGCUGAUGAGCUUCGUGAUUUACAUAAAUUCACUGAAAACCCACACUAACACACGUUUAUAUUAACGGUAUUGCACUUCAUGUAGCCUACUUUAGGCCAGGUAAUAGCCUAACCACCGAUCAACCAACGUAAUGGACUAAACGUUAAAAUCCCAUUACUACAGGAUUAUUUUGCUGUGGCAAAAGGUCAAAUUAAGAUUCUACAUAAGCUUAGUCAAAUGACAGUCUGUCAAUGAGACUCAUCAUAGAUUAUCACUAUAUCAUACGGCAGUAUUGGAAUGUAAAGGAGGAGUACAAUGAAUAUAAUCUUAUGAAACAGGACAGGGAUAUUGUUGUGCUUCAGGGAGGACAACAGAAAUGGCGAUGAAGCGGGCCGCUCAACAUUUAUCUGUCUUUCAUCAAUCUCUCUCCCGGUCUUUCCUCAUCUCUCCCUGUCGGUCUUUUUUUCUCUCUCUCUCACGCUCUCUCACACUCACUCACUCUCAGAGGCCUUGGCCUUCAGCUGUUUCACUGAGCUCAUGAAGCGGAUGAAUCAGAACUUCCCCCACGGCGGGGCCAUGGACACUCACUUUUCCAACAUGCGCUCUCUCAUCCAGGUGAGGCCACAGAGGCACUUUAACUUCUAUAUAUACAUAUAUACAGUGCCUUCGGAAAGUAUUCAGAUCCCUUUACUUUUUCCAUAUUUUGUUACGUUACAGCCUUAUUCUAAAAUUGAUUAAAUCGUUUUUUCCCCUCAAUCUACACACAAUACCCCAUAAUGAUGAAGCAAAAACAGGUUUUUAGAAAUCUUUGCUAAUUUCUAAAAACAAUUCAACAGAAAUACCUUAUUUACAUAAGUAUUGACCCUUUACUCAGUACUUUGUUGAAGCACCUUUGGCAGUGAUUACAGCCUUGAGUCUUCUUGGGUAUGACGCUACAAGCUUGGCACACCUGUAUUUGGGGAGUUUCUCCCAUUCUUCUCUGCAGAUCCUCUCAAGCUCUGUCAGGUUGGAUGGGGAGCGUUGCUGCACAUCUAUUUUCAGGUCUCUCCAGGGAUGUCUGGGCUCUGGCUGGUCCACUCAAGGACAUUAAGAGACUUGUCCCGAAGCCACUCCUGUGUUGUCUUGGCUGUGUGCUUAGGGUCGUUGUCCUGUUGGAAGGUGAACCUUCGCCCCAGUCUGAGGUCCUGAGAGCUCUGAAGUAGGUUUUCAUCAAGGAUCUCUCUGUACUUUGCCCCGUUCAUCUUUCCCUCGAUCCUGACUAGUCUCCCAGUCCCUGCCACUGAUAAACAUCCCCACAGCAUGAUGCUGCCACCACCAUGCUUCACCGUAGGGAUGGUGUAAGGUUUCCUCCAGACGUGACGCUUGGCAUUCAGGCCAAAGAGUUCAAUCUUGGUUUCAUCAGACCAGAGAAUCAUGUUUCUCAUGGUCUGAGAGUCCUUUAGGUGCAUUUUGGCAAAUUCCAAGCAGGCUGUCAUGUGCCUUUUACUGAGGAGUGGCUUCAGUCUGGCCACUCUACCAUAAAGGUCUGAUUUGGUGGAGUGCUGCAGAGAUGGUUGUCCUUCUGUAAGGUUCUCCCAUCUCCACAGAGGAACUCUGGAGCUCUGCCAGAGUGACCAUCGGGUUCUUGGUCACCUCCCUGACCAAGGCCCUUCUCCCCCGAUUGCUCAGUUGGGCCGGGUGGACAGCUCUAGGAAGAGUCUUGGUGGUUCCAAACUUCUUCCAUUUAAGAAUGAUGGAGGCCACUGUGUUCUUGGGGACCUUCAAUGCUGAAAAAAAAGGUACCUUUCCCCAGAUCUGUGCUUCGACACAAUCCUGUCUCGGAGCUCUACGGACAAUUCCUUUAACCUCAUGGCCUGGUUUUUGCUCUGACAUGCACUGUCAACUGUGAGGCCUUAUCUAGACUGGUGUGUGCCUUUCCAAAUCAUGUCCAAUCAAUUGAAUUGACCACAGGUGGACUCCAAUCAAGUUGUAGAAACAUCUCAAGGAUGAUCAAUGGAAACAAGAUGCACCUGAGCUCAAUUUCGAGUCUGAUAGCAAAGGGUCUGAAUACUUAGGUAUUUCUGUUUUUUAUUUUUAAUACAAUUGCAAAAAUAUCUAAAAACCUGUUUUCUUUGUUAUUAUGGGGUAUUGUGAGUAAAUUGAUGAGGCAAAAAGUUUAUUCAAUCCAUUUUAGAAUAAGGCUGUAACGUAACAAUGUGGAAAAAGGGAAGGGGUCUGAAUACUUUCUGAAUACACGGUACAAAAGUAUGUGGACACACCUUCAAAUUAGUGGAUUUGGCUAUUUCAGCCACACCCGUUGCUGACAGGUGUAUAAAAUCGAGCACACAGCCAUGUAAUCUCCAUAGACAAACAUUGGCAAUAGAAUGGCCUUACUGAAGAGCUCAGUGACUUUCAACGUGGCACCGUCAUAGGAUGCCACCUUUCCAACAAGUCAGUUUGUAAAAUGUCUGCCCUGCUAGAGUUGCCCCGGUGAACUGUAAGUGCUGUUAUUGUGGUUUGGGCUAGAGCAUACAAUGACAUUCUAGACGUAUCUGUACUUCCAACUUUGUGGCAACAGUUUGGGGAAGGCCCUUUCCGGUUUCAGCAUGACAAUGCCCCCAUGCACAAGGCGAGGUCCAUACAGAAAUGGUUUGUCGAGAUCUGUGUGGAAGAACUUGACUGGCCUGCACAGAGCCCGGACCUCCCUUUGGGAUGAAUUGGAACGCCGACUGUGAACCAGGCCAAAUCGCCCAACAUCAGUGCCCGACCUCACUAAAGCUCUUGUGGCUGAAUGGAAGCAAGUCCCAGCAGCAAUGGUACAACAUCUAGUGGAAAGCUUUCCCAGAAGAAUGUAGGCUGUUGCAGCAGCAAAGGGGGGACCAACUCCAUAUUAAUGCCCAUGAUUUUAGAAUGUUCGACGAGCAGGUGUCCACAUACCUUUUGUCAUGUUGUGUAUAUAUUGGCAUGCAUCCAGUUGUUGUCAUGAAAAGUAGGAUACAGUGAAUAUAACACAUCCAACUUUAUGUUCUCCACUAACCUCUCCCUCCUCUCUUCCCCGACCCUUUUCCUCUACUCAACCAAACCCAUCUCUCUUCCUUCAACUGUCUGUGUGCCCUCUCUCCUCCUACUCCUGCCUACCCCUCUGUAGAUCCUGGAUUCUGAGCUAUUUGAGCUAAUGCACCAGAAUGGCGACUACACCCACUUCUACUUCUGCUACCGAUGGUUCCUCCUAGACUUAAAGCGUGGUAAUGACAUCCUGCUGUUAGGGGAUUUUAUACCGUAGCAAAUACCAAUUAAACUUAGGGGAGAGUGUUUUCAUACCGUCAACUAAAUGUCAAACAGCAAAGAAGAAGGCUAACAAGACCUAGUUCUAAUGAGCCGUUUCCAUAUGAAGGAUAUGGCAGGCAGUAAGAUCACUCAGGAAAAACAGGCCAACAUGGGUAACUAAAGGGCCCUGCCUUGGUUGGGUAACUGAUUCAGGGCCGGCCCUAGCCUUUUGGGGGUCCUAAGCAAGAUUUGGUGGCGGGCCCCCCCACCUCGCGGGCAAAACACUUUAGUUGCCCCCCUUUUGACUGCAGAGAGACAGUUAGUUUUCUGCAAUUCUACACGUUUUGCCAUGGGGUUUAGUCAAUUUUUCAGUUUCAAAGCUAAUUAGCUGAAAUUCUUCACAUUUUGCCAUGACUUAUUCCAUGUUAAUAUGCCAUACCCCAACCACACCUGACUUCUGCAUCCCCUGUACCUUUUUCUUUCUCAGAGCUGGUGUAUGACGAUGUGUUUGCGGUGUGGGAAACCAUCUGGGCAGCGAAGUACGCCUCCUCUGGCCACUUUGUCCUCUUCAUCGCGCUGGCACUGGUUGAGGUCUACCGGGACAUCAUUCUGGAGAACAACAUGGACUUCACCGACAUCAUUAAGUUUUUCAACGGUACACUUUCUAACAAUGAAUCAACAUUCAUUCAAUUGUUUGUGGAGCAUUAGAGGUCUGGAGUCUUUCUUCAUACAGUUGCGCUAGUUUAAAAGUUACCCUUCACCCGCAACGCAGGUGGUUAAGAAAAUCUAACUUAAAUUGAGCUUGCUGCCACAGUGAUCUCUACACAGUGUGACGCUAACAAAAAAAUUAAAUAAAUGUAGAUAUAACUUUAUAGUCCCAAGCUCUCAAAAUAUGUAUUUACACUGAUUUUUUCCCCUGCACUUGGACAUACGAUAAGUAUGUGCAUACACAGCAAAUGUGCAAGUGUUAAAUCUCUGUGUUAAGGUAAAAAGUGUUUUGAGUGUUAUACCCGAGUGUUGACUCUAGUGGGGUUAACACCAGUAGGACUGAAAUUGACACCACAUGCGGUGAAUAAAUGAGGUGUUAUUUGAAUCACAGUGCAAUCAACACUGCAUGUUGUUGUUACUCAACUGUGUUAAAUUCAUUUCCGUUAAAUCUAUGAGUGAAAAAGACGUGGGCAGGGCCUCAUUAUCAUUCUUCCCAGAAUGCUUUGUUGCAGGUAUUUUUUUUUUUUUAUAGUUUGUUUUAAUAUCUAUGUUUCUGCAUGCUCAUUGAUUGAUGAAUUGCUCUUAUACUAUACAAAGAUAAAUAACUUACAUUUUUCUAAACCAAUCCAAUCUGUAAGGGGUUGGAUUUGGUGGUCCUCUGUAGCUCAGCUGGUAGAGCACGGCGCUUGUAACGCCAAGGUAGUGGGUUCGAUCCCCGGGACCACCCAUACACAAAAAUGUAUGCACGCAUGACUGUAAGUCGCUUUGGAUAAAAGCGUCUGCUAAAUGGCUUAUUAUUAUUAUUAUUGCACCUGUUACUGAAAUGGGUGUUCCAGUUUAGGUGGUUUAGGUAGUCUUGUUUAUCAAGUCCUUCACCAUAGCAGUCAUUCUGAGUGCAGGUUGUGGGUGAUAAAAUAUUCAAAUUGUUGGAUAUCCUCCCUCUGGCUGGAUUCCAAUAGGAAUUACUAAUCACUUCACAAACCAGUUUAUUGUGACUUGCAGGUCUAAUGUGGCCCCAUGGGCCAAGAUUUUCAGACCACAAUGUUGGGGAUAACUAGGCCAUAACUAAAGGCCUUAUGAAAUGUAUAAUAUAUGGUCAUAAAGGGUUUACUUUUUUAUUCAAACACAUUCACUUAGGCAGUCACUUGGUUAAGGCUUCAGGACUAGUUAUUGAAUGCAACAACCAUGCCUCUGUCACUAACAAACACAGUCAUAGGUGGAUAUCUCUCACAUUCACUUGAAAGGCAUGCUGGGAAAUAUGCAAAUAAGGCUUUACAACCUACAAUGUUAAAGCAACCCCCCAAUAUACUGUAACACUACAUUUUACCUAAAACAAAAAAACGUGUAAUGGCAUCUAUUAAAGUGUUAAUUUAAAUCGGAAUUUACAACACCCAUGGUUUUAGGGACCAACACAAGUGUUCGUUUGUGAACACUUUGAAAAGUGUUAGUUUAACACUAUUUCAGUGGGUCACUAGGGGUGUAAAGGUAGGCCUACACGUAUUCCCAUUCAGUACGGGGUCUUCGGUUCGGUCCGCACUGUGAACCAGAAUGAGUACAUUAAAAAAUAUAUAAUUCAAAAUAAAAACACUAGGCCUAUAGGCUAUGCAUGCCUAUGCUGCGUUGUUGGCCUAUGCCACGAAUGGAACAAUGAGCCAGACAUUUCACUGGAUGUACUGUACAUUUACAUUUACAUUUUAGUCAUUUAGCAGAUACAUAUUAUAAAUGUGAAGUAUCCAGUUGGCGUUUCCACUCACUACCAAAUAUGGUGAUGAGAGGAAGCCUAGUGGCCGGCAGUGGGAGAAGGAGCCAGAUGGAUUUGGGCCGAACUUCUGUUAAUUUUCUCAUGAUGAAAUAUUUCAUCUCCAUACAGUUUUCUGUUUCCAAAACUAGACUCUGUAAAAAAUUGCGUUGUUUAGGAGUGCAAGGGCGAAUUCUGUUAUUGCACAAGUGCACUUCACAGAGUAGGCGUUCCCUAACGGAAAUAUGAUCUCACUAACUCAUGCUUGGCUCUGCCCAUCUUCUUGUUUGUUCUGCCCACUAUGAUUAAUUUGCUCCCAUUUGAAUCUAUCUUGGGUUAGUUAUAAAAAAAAUAUUUGCCUGUCUCUUGAGUAAAUCUGAGCUAUUCCAUUAAAACAACCACAGCCUAUGCGCGCAUUGUAAUCAAAAUUCAAAUCUUAAAUUGGCCAUUUCAAACUGUCCUUUUGUGAGGCGCAGCCGGGAACUAGUUCUGUACGAUUGCGAAUGAUGGGGUCAAUAAACCAGAAUUGGAGCAUCGUCCAUCAUCAUUUUAAAUCUCCAGUUUGGGAAAAUGUUGGCUUCCCAGUAGAUUACAACGGCGAGAGAGUUGUGGAUAAAACGUUAACAGUAUGUCGCCACGCUCAACGAGAAUAACCUAUGCAGCUGCCAAUACCUCAAAUAUGGUUUACACAUUUACACCGACAUAUUCCCAGUAUACCAGAACAAGACAGAAACGCGAAGAAACAACACAACAUCGCCUCCCCUCUGCAUUCAAGCAGCCCUUGGCAGCUGACAGGGCCAAAGAAAUUACAAGCGCGAUAGGUAGGCUAUGUUUAUAUUUUUUUACAGUCUUUGGUUUAUAUCUGCGGAUAUGCGCCCAUUCUCGGUGGUUGAGAAUAGGGGGUUUCAGCACCUCGUGAAAGUGCUCGAGCAAAGUUACGAAUUUCCCUCUUGUACUCAUUUCAGCAAACGGGUGUACCCGCUCUAUAUAUGCAAACCAAAGCUGAAGUUUUCAAUGAAUUGGCCAAUGCACCCUGUAUUGUGCUUACUUAACAAUGACAGCCAUGGUUGCCAGGUCAAACAAAUGUAUAGCCCGAUGACCACUCAAAACCCACCCAAAAGGCCUGAAAACGAGCCCAAUUUUUUUUCCAUAAGAGAGGAGUUGCCAUAAUCCUGGAUGCUGAUUGGUUAAAACCCCAUUCCAGUCGGUGUCUAUUCAACAAGUCAUCACCAGCUAAAACUAUGAUGUUGAAAUGCCUAUUUACUCUGUUCCAUCUCACUGCGCAAUCCACUGUCUCAUCAGCCCAGCCAGGCAAUUUGUAAACUUGAUCUCCACUGUAAAAAGCAUCUAGACAUUAUCUCCCAUUUAUUUUAGACUAACAUUUGGUUUUCAACAGCGGAGAUUUGUAUAAAUCUUGCUGUCUGUCUCUCCGACAUUUGCAACAUUGUUUCAAUAUUGAAAUUCGAUCUCCAGCUGUCGGGACGAGACAGACAGCUUUUCUCAGCCAGUCGAAAUCAUGAAUCAGCUGGCAUAAUUUUUAUGGAUAUAUACAAAGGAAUGUUAAUAGAAAACAGGUAAAACUAAACGAAAUGCAGCUAGUUUGCAGUCUGUCCAGCUUCAGUUUGAAGUGAUUGUGUUAGAUGUGUUGUUGGCUAGCUCCUCUGAACAACAGUGUCCUGAUGAGAGAGGACAUUUUCCAUGCCAGGUGAAAUCGUGCAUCAUUAGCUCAUUGUUAUGGAUGUAUCCAAAUAAUUGUCAGCUUAAACAAACGCAAAUGCAGCUACUUUGCUGUUAUUCUGGCUGCACUGUUUGAUGUGACUGCAAGUUAGCUGUAGUUGGCUAGCUAGCAAGCAAGGGAUAGGAACGUUGCCAGCCAGUAUGGCAAUGGAACAUUUAGAACGAACCAUAGAUGCAGAACAAAAAUACUUAACUGGGUCGCGUAUCGGGCAACCGAACCAAUAGAACAAACGACCACCCGGCUUUGGGUAGCAACCUUUAGAUUUGUGUUGGAACUGUAGCUCAUGGAAGGGUGAAAUAGUAUGAGUAAAUUCAUCAAAAUAAUGUUUUUUAUGAAAAUAUGUAAAUUAUUAUUUGAAUAUGUUGAUAACUCAUUGUAUAAAAGUGAUAAUGCCAGAGAAGCUGGUGUUUGGAGGAUAUAUUGGCACGGUUUGCCGGCCCUUGACUUUGUCUCAAGCCUAACAACACCCGUGCCAAUAUAUCCAAACACCGGCUUCUCUGGCAUUAUCACUUAAAUAUACCACGGCUAAGGGCUGUUCUUAAGCAUGACGCAACACGUAGUGCCUGGAUACAGCUGUUAGCCGUGGUAUAUUGGCCAUAUACCACAAACCCCCGGGAAGCCUUAUUGCUAUUAUAAACUGGUUACCAACGUAAUUAGUAUUUUUUUGUCAUACCCGUGGUAUAUGGUCUGAUAUACCACGGCUUUCAGCAUUCAAGGCUCGAACAAGGUUUGCGAAUGUGCAGAACUAUAAUAAAUCCAACAGGAGAGUUUUGAGUUAUGAAAGUUGGACAGAGGCUUGGACGAAGAUAAAAAAAAACUAUGUGCCAGAUGUUAAGACCACAAACCAUUAUAAAUGGCCCAUUUGCGAGAUUGACUUGUCAUUUCAAAAGGCAUAGACUACAGACCAGUGGUGGUCGGUGCCGUUUAAAUGAUGCGUGGCCUUAUUUCUAUUACAGCAUAUUGGAUGACUCAUUCAUAUUCCAUUCACACAGCUCAAUGUAACAGUGAUAGGUUUAGGCUACUACAUGAUACUCGAAAUGUCCCUGUACCCAUCAUAAGGUUGCUACAACCUAGCCUAUGAAUGAAAGUUUACAACGUAGGUGCACAGGUCGAGAGAAUUGAGUAAUCAAGGUGACAGUGACACAUUCAAUACCGCCUUGCACACGCUUUCCUGCAUCUAGCUGAUCUAGGAUGUAAUCAUUAAUCCAACAGUUGCAAAUGAGAGUUUCUAUUGGACAAAUUCAGCUAUGUUUAUCCCCAUUUCGUUUACCUUUUCCCUUCGCUUGUGCACUUAAGUGCACAACAAAUUAGCUAUCUGUGACCAGGCAAAAAAAUAUUUCCAAGCCAAACCUUCAAAUCAUGACUUCUAACUAUCAUUGUCACUUCAUAGUCAACAAACACUACAUGACCAAAAGUAUGUGGACACCUGCUCGUCGAACAUCUCAUUCCAAAAUCAUGGGCAUUAAUAUGGAGUUGGUCCCUCCCUUUGCUGCUAUAACAGCCUCCACUCUUCUGGGAAGGCUUUCCACUAGAUGUUGUAACAUUGCUGCGGGGACUUGCUUCCAUUCAGCCACGAGCAUUAGUGAGGGUGGGCACUGAUGUUGGGCGAUUUGGCCUGGUUCGCAGUCUGCGUUCCAAUUCAUCCCAAAGGUGUACGAUGGGGUUGAGGUCAGGGCUCUGUGCAGGCCAGUCAUGUUCUUCCACACCGAUCUCGACAAACCAUUUCUGUAUGGACCUCACUUUGUGCGUGGGGGCAUUGUCAUGCUGAAACAGCAAAGGGCCUUCCCCAAACUGUUGCCACAAAGUUGGAAGCACAGAAUCGUCUAGAAUGUCAUUGUAUGAGAACUUGAGAACUUGUUCUCAACUGGCCUACCUGGUUAAAUAAAGGUGAAAUAAAUAAAAUAAAAUAAAAUGUAUGCUGUAGCGUUAAGAUUUCCCUUCACUGGAACUAAGGGGCCUAUCCCGAACCAUGAAAAUCAGCUCCACACCAUUAUUCCUCCUCCACCAAACUUUACAGUUGGCACUAUGCAUUCGGGCAGGUAGCGUUCUCCUGGCAUCCGCAAACCCAGAUUAGUCCGUUGGACUGCCAGAUGGUGAUUCAUCACUCCAGAGAACGCGUUUCCACUGCUCCAGAUUUUUACGCACUUCAGCACACGGUGAUCCCGUUCCGUGAGCUUGUGUGGCCUACCACUUCGCGAGUGAGCCGUUGUUGCUCCUAGACCUUUCCACUUUGAUAACUUCCAAUUUAAUUAACUAAACAUGACUAUUAAUAAUAGCAUAAUAACAUAAUGCUACAAAACAAUAAACUGAAGUUAUAGGCUAUUAAAUUGGUUUGCCAGCUCCAGGUAGGCUACACAAGUGAAACAAAUAUAUUUGCAAUAUAUAUUCCAGUGAUAGUCAUUUUAACAUAUUUAUUGUAUCAAAUGGUAGGCUACAAUAGCAUAUAAAUGAAUAGGAUACUUGAUGGCCAACAGAUACAAAUGUAUCAUUCUCCACAUUUUAAUGUCAGUUUCAUUGAGGACUUUUCCACAUUUUUAAAAAGAACCACGUGAGGCAGUUCCAAAACUUCAAUUUCAAAUUUCCAUUCAGGCAGGCCCCGAGACUCAAGAACUGAGAAUGCAUAAAACACAUAGCUUGAUACCAUUUUUCUUUAAGCAAAGUCAACAUUAGAAUGCCGUUUAAACCACCUCCGAUCAUGUGCGCCCAAAGUCGUUUUACACUGCUUAGUGUCUACUAAGUGCGCGCGUGCUGCUCCCUCUCCUCUCGCUCAAGUGACUCAGCCAAUAGCUGUAGUGCUCUCUCAACACACAUACACACGGCCCUCCCCACAACUCACUCACUCAGCAACAGCAUGCCUCACUCCCUGACAGUCAACAGCAGGUGAAAUGGAAAUAUAUAUUUUUAAGGAGAAAUGCCAUGGCGGCCGCGGUGCAACUUAGAAAUAGGCCAAAAACCCGCAACCAAAAAACAAUGCAUGCGCGACAUCGUUUUCAAAGUAGCCCAAUUUGGCCGGAAAACUGCGACCAUGGCAACACUGGUGACAGCCCAUCACUUUACCCCAGAGUGGGAAAUGUACCGUGCUACAGACACGUCCCCUUUAUGAGUCUCAAGUGCGCAUCUGGCACUGAAGGAGGCAGUGUCAUAGUGCUUUCGUAACCAAGAUGGAAGUGGGAAUUCCUCAAAAGAAUAGUUGACCGGCCUCUAAAUGGUACAUCACUGGGGCCAAGCUUCCUGCCAUCCAGGACCUCUAUACCAGGCGGUGUCAGAGGAAAGCCCUCAAAAUUGUCAAAGACUCCAGCCACCCUAGUCAUAGACUGUUCUCUCUGCUACCGCACGGCAAGCGGUACCGGAGUGCCAAGUCUAGGUCCAAAAGACUUCUCAACAGCUUCUACCCCCAAGCCAUAAGACUCCUGAACAGCUAAUCAUGGCUACCCCCCCACCCCAUCCUUUUACGCUGCUGCUACUCUGUUAAUUAUUUAUGCAUAGUCACUUUAACUCUGCCCACAUGUACAUAUUACUUCAACUACCUCAACUAGCCGGUGCCCCCGCACAUUGACUCUGCACCGGUACCCCCCUGUAUAUAUAGCCUCCCUACUGUUAUUUUAUUUUACUUCUGCUCUUUUUUUUCUCAACACUUUUUUUGUUGUUGUUUUAUUUUUACUUUUUAGUUAAAAAUAAAUGCACUGUUGGUUAAGGGCUGUAAGUAAGCAUUUCACUGUAAUGUCUGCACCUGUUGUAUUCGGCGCAUGUGGCCAAUACAAUUUUGAUUUGAUAAUUACUAGUGAGAAAACUCGUCUAUCAUCCUGAGCUCCCACAUGGUAACCUCUGACGUCACCUACUAAGGAAAUGGCCUCUAUAACAGCAUUAUCGGCAGUUACGUCCUCUGUAGCUCAGCUGGUAGAGCACGGCGCUUAUAACGUCAGGGUAGUGGGUUCGAUUCCCGGGACCACUCAUACACAAAAAUGUAUGCACGGCAUACUUUGGAUAAAAGCGUCUGCUAAAUGGCUUAUUAUUAUUAUUAUUAUUAUUAUUAUUAAAUGCAACAACAAAACAUUUUGUAAAAAGCAAUCCAUUCAUGUGUUUUUUUAAACUAUAAUUUGUUUACGAUCAUGAUAGCUGUACUUUUAGUUUAUGGUUGACGCAGCUUGUUGGGCAUUAGCCAAUCGGUGUUUCUCAACUAGUUCAAAUCACAUAAAUGCAUCCAACUGGUAUUUACGAAUUCACAACUUGUAAAUUCCCACCUCCCACAUGGUUACAAAUGCAGCAUCAGAGUGGAAACUUGAGAGGCCCAACAUAACAAUCCUGUCACAACAGACAAUGCCAUGAACAUUGUGAAUGCUGAACAUUGUGAAUGGCAUUACAUUUUCCCGCUGUACCAAAACCCCAAUUGAACCGUGACCCCAAAACCGCACUACCUUCCGAACCGUGGGUUUGGUGAACCAUUACACCCCUAUGGGUCACAUGUAAUUUCUAAGAAAAUGUUACAUUUAACACUGUGGGCGUUAAAAUUCUGAUCUCAAGUAUGAAAAAAGUAUGAAAAAAAGUAUGAAAAAUGUAUGCACUCACUAACUGUAAGUCGCUCUGGAUAAGAGCGUCUGCUAAAUGACUAAAAUGUAAAUGUACAUUUGUGUACAGUACUAUACCUUUUUUAUGGUAAACUGUCUACCACCUUGCAGCAGUUUAUAUGAAACACUCGACUAGGGCACAAGCUGUAGAUUACAGAUUAAUUUUCAAUGUGGAGCAUGCCAUUGCUUUAAUUGCCUAGAGAAAUCUAAAGGUGUUUUUUUGUUCAUGUCCCACUGUCAAUAGUUGAAAGGGUAAUAAUAAUGUUGAAUGGGUACCUGUGCUGAGCAAAUGAAUGGUUCAAUGAAUAACACGCAUACACAAAAUAAAAAUGGUGUUAUUGCCUUGUGUAUCGAUGUUGGAAGUGGUCCAGCGGGAAUUAAAUCUUCUCUCUUCUCCUUUCAGAAAUGGCUGAGCAUCACAACAGCAAGCAGAUCCUGACACUGGCCCGGGAACUGGUGUGCAAGGUGCAGACGCUCAUUGAGAACAAGUGA